CGGCUGUGUUGUUUUGUUUCGUUAGCUCAACUUUAGCAAGCGCUAACGCUAACAUUGAAAAAGACAACUUGUUCUGUUUUAGUACGGAUGUCUCAAAGGUAGCUGCAACAAGGUGGGUAUUUUUGUAUGAAGAAGUUUUUUUUAGAGAGUUGCUUACUGACAGAGAAACUAACCGACGCUCGUUUGUUUUGGUUUUGUCUCAACUACCAACUGUCAGUAGAAACUAAACAAGUUUAUCCAAACAGCCUCGGGUGAAGCUGUUUGUCCUCAUUAUGAUCCGUUUAAGGUUCUGUUUGUCUGAUGGUUUUAACCGUUAAAUGUUUGGUGAAUAGCUCUAAUAACAAAUGCCACCUUAUUGUCUCUAAGAUUUGUACGUGUUGGAAUUCAUUCAUAAUAAAAGGGAGAUGAUCUCCUUCCUAGCCAGUGCCCUGUUGUAUCUUACCGUUCAUUAAAACUCUGUUUAUUGUCAUUUACAGAAAGAUGGCAUCAUAUCGAGAUAGUACCAGUGCUGGCAGUCGGGAAGAGGUGGAGGACGACGACACGAAGAGAGAUCUCUCAUCGGAGUCCAACACCUCAACAGACCAACAGGUAAAGAGAAUGUUAGCAAGGCAAUUCACAAUGAUGUUUUACAAUAUUACUGACAACAACAAGGUCGCCUCUACAUUUAGAGAAGCAGAACAUGUGAGGUGAAGCCAUAUGAAGGCUAAAGUUUGAGAACCUGAAACCACUGACAUUUGGGGACAGUGGGGUAAGUUGAGCCAGAGGGUAAGUUGAGCCACCCCCUGUUGCUUGGAAAUGGUGAAAGAAAUUGAUCAUGUGACCAAAUAUUUAGGAGAUGGGCAUCAAUUCAUGGAGUCUGUGAAAGUUUGAAGUACAUGGGUGAAGGGGUUAGACAUUUAUUCCCGAAAAAACUUUUUUCACUCUUGAAAGUGAAUUUAGUCUGUCAUAUGUUUAUUAGAAUUGUGUUCAGAUGAAAAAAAGAUCAUUUUAAAUUUGUUUUAUACAUCAAUUGUGGUAUCUAUGAGCUAUAACAUGAGGUCAAAACCCGAGCAUCAAAGUCCACCAUUUUAGCUUAGAGCAGUGGUUCUCAAGUCCAGUCCUCGAGGCCCCCUGUCCUGCAUAUUUUGGAUGUUUCCCUGCUCCAACACACCUGAUUCAAAUGAUCAGCUCGUUAUCAAGCUCUGUAAUGGCUUAAUAACGAGCUAUUAAAGCCAUAAUAGUAGCUCUGGGGUAAGUUGAGCCAUUUCACCAGGUGUAAAUCAAGCCAGUGGCUUAAGUGAGAAAGUAAAGGAGUCUGAUGAGAGGAUCAGAGUUUCAGGGAGUUUCAGUAGGAAUACGGCUCAAUUUACCUCACUCCUAUGGUCAACUUACCCCAUACACGGGGUAAAUUGACCAUAAGAGUCUACUUUAUUUUGGCAUGCUAUAUUAUCAAGACAGUUAUGUUCACACUCAUUCUGUUGAUUUGCAGGGAUGCACAAUAUCUUGAAAUAUUUGCAGAUACACUAGUUGGAGACAAAACUAUGAUUGCUUUGAUGUAGUGAUCCCAAAUAUGAAAAAUGGCUCAUCUUACCCCACUCUCUCCUAUAUGAUAUUGGCAUGAGUCUUGAUUUACAAUUUAAAGCAACUUUGGUGCCUGAUUUUCAGCAAAGUGCGCUGAACAAGGUGUUUUCUAAACUGCACAAACUUAGCUUAACAACUUAAACUGUUUUAUUUUCUUUUCUGCAGCAUUCCAGUAUCGAAGACAGAGAACACCUUCAGGUUUACCUCCGCAUCCGCCCUUUCACUUCAGCUGAGAGCCUUAAUGGAGAGUCACAGGUAAAAUGAAUAAAAAUCAAAUCCAUAAAACAAAUAGUACUACUACUGCUUUUACCAAGGUGAUUCAAUAAAGGCGUACAGUUACAUUUGCAUUACAUUAUACUUCUGAUACUUCUGGUGAUAAAUUAAAAACAAUGACAGACUGUCAGAAAAGACUGUCUCCAAGAGAUGAUUUUCAUGACUCCUGUGUCGUAUUUUGCUUUUAACAGGACUGCAUUACCAUCGAUCCUCCUGACACAGUUCUCCUAAGGCCUCCAAGUUUGUCUCUGUCAGCAAGGCUCAGUACAGUCUCCCUCCCACAAACUGGACAGCGUUUCCAGUUCUCUCAGGUUGGUGUUGCAUGACACAUAAUCCCCACCACCCCAACAUGCACACAAUUUUUCUGUCCCGAUGGUUUUUGAUCUGAGUUUUGAACCCAAAACACAAGUCCUUUGGAAGUUGCCGUCUGAGCUUUCUUUUAAAUAGAUUUGACCAUAUUUUGACUUCAGGGUUAUUACACUCUGCUUGUUAAUCACAGAUGGCCAGAUAUCCUGUUUUAUCAGUUUUCUUUGGAUGGGCUCAUGAUUUGUAACAUUAACACAGUACCUUAUGAAAGAUGAAUUUAAAGAAGCGAUUAAAAUUAUAGAGCCAGCCGGCAAAUAAUGUUUUUGGAAAGAAUGCAAAUGCAAGUUUAAGGCACUUCCAGUUUGGACUGUCUGAUGUAUCCGGAGCCUGUGUCCACUUCUUUUAUAUAAUCUAUGGUAACAAGGCCAGUAACAUUGAUAUGAUCCUGAUAAUAGAGAUAUAAUAUUUUUUAAUUUUUCUUUUAAUUCUCAGUUUCUAAUCAUAAGCACUUUUAUUAUUAGGUAUAUGGUCCUGAGACAACCCAGAAAGAGCUGUUUCAAGGCACAGUAAAGGACUUGGUGAAAGAUGUUCUCGAAGGCGGAAACUCUCUGGUAUUUACUUACGGAGUCACCAAUGCUGGGAAGACCUUCACAUUCUUAGGUGUGUUUCAUUUUUGUUGAAAUGCAAAGGACUUCUUUGACAGCUUGAAUGAAUCAUGUUAGGAAUGCCUGACUCAUUUUGAAAAGUUUCUUUUUUCAGGGUGAGAUCAGACUCCGAAAAUUGUUGUCAGCUGAAUGAGCGCUGACUGAGUUAGUAUUAGUUCAGUUUAUUAGGUACAAACAGUUGUAAGGUAUUCUGUAUAAAGAAAUGGAACCACUGUGUUUCCACGCUUAGACUUUUUUUUCUUGGUAAUAGACAUGAAUGUUUCUUUAAACCCCUGAUCAAGUAGCUCUUUGGAUUGCCACCAGGAGAUUCAGGCUGAAGUGUCGUAUAAAUACAUCAAAUAAAUUCGACUGCAGAAUUUAAAUCACAUAGCAUUACUUACUUUUUUUUUUUAAAAGCAUUUGUGCUCCAUCUAGAUAUUUAACACAAAUUAGAGGGACAUGUACAUACAAUAUGUUGAUUUCUUUGACUGAACAUGUAAUUCACAUAAUAAUGUUUGUUUUCCAUAAUGUGUAGUGUUGAGUACUAGCUGAGUACCUUUGUGUAAUUGUAUUAUUUAAGAAUCUGUGCUAGUUGGAUAAAGGUUGCUUUUCAUUCCAUUUGAAAUAAAGAUAUACUUUAAUCAAUGAUAGCAUAUAGCAUGGAAGCUCUGUGGGUUUCUCUCUCUCUAUUUUUGUAAGCACUUAUUAAAAGUACAGUUUGCUUAUCUCCUUCCAGGUCCAGAUGCUGAUGCUGGUAUCUUACCAAGAUCCCUUGAUGUAAUUUUCAGCAGUAUUGAUGGGCGUAUUUUUACUGGAACGACCAUCAAACCCCACAGAUGCAGAGAGUUCACGAGGCUCACCAGAGAGCAGGAGGCUGAAGAGGAGCUGUUUAAGAGAAACCUCUUCAGGCAACUCAAGGAGGUAAUCUGUAUGUGAGAGCCUGUCAUGGAGCUUUACACAAAGAAGGCAGCAGAAUAAGGUUCAGUUGUUGAUAAGUGUAUGCAUGGGACGUUUCCUGAUGGUGCAAAAACUCUGUGAAUCGGAACUUGGACAGAAUGCAGAUAAGGCUAGCUAUUAAAAGUUCUAAAGGUGCAGUCUAGUGAAUAAAGGUAACAUUCUCCUGCACAAAAUGUAGACUUUGUUGUGAUCACCUUUGAGGUUUUGGUUUCAUUGGAAUGAACUAGAUUUCACAGUAUAUUGUCUGUAUUUAUAAAGGUGUGAGAAUAAAGGUCCCAAUGCUACGUCUACUUUCACAUUUCAUAAGAUGAAUGUCUUCUCUAUGCCUAUUGGCCUGGAAGUCUUGUGCUUUGGGCUGGUAUAGUAAAAGUGCUAGCGUAAAAACCAUACUGUGCUUUUUAAUCUGUUUUAAGUGGUUGCUCCUGUGAAGCAAAGCGUGACUUGCUCCUACUGAUAAAGACACACAUUUUGAAAAGUCUACGUGUUUAUGGAGCAUUUAUAAGACUGUCAUCUUCUCUUUGACUUCCAGAGUGAGAAAAGCAACAUCAGCCUGUUGAACUCAACAAACAAGACUCUCCUUGAAGGCAAGAUAAAGAUUUUCUCUUAUUUAUUAUCCAGAACAGGUUGUUCUUUGCACUUAGCUGCUCAUCUGGCACUAACAUGACCUGUGCACUGUGUGCUGAGUGUUCUUGAAAACACUUCAACUGUUUUCGGCAGUAGAGGGGAUUUAAAUAUUAAUACCACAUUCAAAAUAUGGAAAGUCAAAUUUAAAUAAGACGCUACUCUACUGCUGUUACUUUAUGUGAUACUGUGUAUGUAGCUAAUGUCCUUCUCAUACAGGCUUCUCCACGCUUGGCACAACACCUGCAGCAGAGGACAAAAUCAGCCUGGAUGUGGAAACACAUACCAAGUUCUCUGUUUGGGUUUCUUUCUGUGAGAUAUACAACGAAAACAUUCAUGACCUCCUUGAGGUUAUUCCUAGCGGGGCCCUGAGGAGGACUGCACUGCGCUUGUCACAGGAUGUCAAGGGCAACGCUUUUGUUAAAGGUUUGAAGUUUUCAAAGUAAAAGUUUCUCUUUCAAAAUAUAUUUUUAACUUUUUUUUUUUAAUGUUUUAAUUCUGUCCCUCUUUUGGACACAUUGCUCAAUCAGCGUUAGAAGUAAAAGAAUAGUAGUGUAAAAGAAUAAAUUCAAAGUGAUGGACAUAAAUUCUGGAAACCUCUUUGUUUUUUAAUCAGCCAUUGUGCAAAGGCAUAAAAAAUGACCUCUACGUUUUGUGUAUUAUUAAGAUCUGCGUUGGGUUCAGGUGAGUAGUGCAGAGGAGGCCUACAAGGUGAUGAAAACAGGAAAGAAGAACCAAAGCUUCUCUGCCACACGACUCAACCAGCUCUCCAGCAGGAGGUACAGAUAUUUAAUCUGCCAAGCAGCAUCAUUGUUUCCUAUUCAGACCGUUUUGCUAACAUGAUUUUAUGCGUUUUCUUUAUGUGAUAUGAUUAUGACGAAAAAAAUGUUUAUUCACUACUUCUAGUCACUAAAAUUGGUAUUUUUUUAACUUGUCUGUAGUCAUAGUAUCUUCUCCAUUCGCAUAUUGCGUAUUGAGGACAUUGAGACUCCGAGGGUCCACACAGUCAGCGAGUGAGUAGAACUUCAUGUCUACUUGACAAGUGUACAUGGUUUAUUUCAUGUAAUGGAAAAUGGAAUCCACAUAAAUUAAAGCGCGUGCAAAACAUGAAGGGAAUUUGUUCUUGAGUAAGAGUUUCCAUGUCCUUUCAAUUGUUUUCAGAUUGUGUCUGUGUGACUUGGCCGGCUCUGAGCGAUGCGCAAAGACCCAGAAUAAAGGAGAGCGUCUCAAAGAAGCAGGAAACAUCAACACUUCCCUGCUCAUUCUGGGAAAAUGCAUCAAUGCUCUCCGACACAAUCAGCAAGCCAAGUAAGAUCAUUACCUCUGUCAGCGUCUCCCCCCUUUUCAUAGUAUUUUGACAUAAAGAGAUCAGGUUUAAGAGCAGAAACUGUUGUUAUCCUUUCAGUACACUGUUUUGUUUUAAUUUAUGGUGCCGUGUAGCUCCUACUGACCCUCAUGAGCGGCUGUUUUCAACAGGUAGCUCCUUUAAAGAGAGAGAAUAUGUCAAACUCACAUCCAUACAACAGGCAAACAGCAUGAGAGAUACCAGAAAACAGUUUUCUGUUCUUCUGCUACCCUCUUGUGGAAAAAAAAAAAAAAAAACUAAGUGGCCUUUCACACCCAAAGUCCGCUUAGAACAGGCAUGUCCAAACUAUUUCACAAAGGGCCGGUGUGGCUGCAGGUUUUUCUUCCAACCAAGCAGCAGCACACCAGACUUGAUUCAUUUCAUCAGCUGAUCUCAGUCUUCAGACAGCUGAUUGGUCAGACUGCGUGCUCUUGAUUGGUUGGAAGAAAAACCUGCAGCCACACCGGCCCCUAUGUGGAAUAGUUUGGACAUGCCUGUCUUAGAAGGUCUGGAUCAGGGACCAAAUGUUUACAGUGUUGCAUUUUGCAUUUGGUCCGGUUAGUGUUGACAUGGGACUUUUGCCAAGCAAACCAAAUGGUUUGCUUGGUGGCAGUAGCUCAGGAGGUAGAGCGGUCGUCCAAUAACUGGAAGGUUGGCGGUUCGAUUCCCCCCUAAUCCAAGUCUGUCCGUUGUGUCCUUGGGCAAGACACUUAACCCACCUUGCUCCCAGUGUGUGUCCUCCACUGGUGUAUGACUGUGAGUGUUGUGUGGUGGUGGUCGGAGAGGCCGUAGGCGCAGAAUGGCAGCCACGUCUCCACCACCACCAAACUGUGACUGUGUGAGCGAAUGAAUGAUGUGUCCAAUGUAAAGCGCUAUAUGAAAUCUGAUGCAUUAUUAUUAUUAUUAUUAUUAUUAUUAUAAAAAAAAAAAAGAGGGGAAAUCACGAGGGAAAAUCGCUGUCUGUCACCUGCUCAUUUGGGGCACAAUCUUCUUUGUCCCACAAUGCACAGAGUAGCCGACCAGAGAGAAUAAUAGGCGUCUUGCUUCACGCAAUUCACCAGAGGUGGAGGAGGUGUUGUGCAAGGAGACGCCAGGCAUUAAUGCAAAGGAAUUCCUUGUUAACACAUUGUCAGCUAGUUUGUUGAACAGAAGAACACCCGGGUAUUUAAUAUCACCCGACUGUUGUCUAAAAACACAAACCCUCUGCCAACCCUCAUUUAUCCAGUUUUACGGACAGUCUAGUAUUUUGACCGUGCAUCAGUGCUGCGUUUACAUCCGCCCCAGUCCGGACCAUGGUUUGUUUGGAAGGGAACCGAGUCUGGCAUUUUCAAGAGGACCCUGGUCCAUUUGUUUGAUUUGUUCACUUGCGCAUUCAUACUGCCCGGACCAAAGGAGUAAGGAGACCACGGUCCUUUUAGAACGAAUCAAACAGGCCUGGUGUGAAUGCGCCAUUAGUUUUAAUUGAAUGUAACAUCUUAACACAGAUCAGAGUGCAUGCAUGGAUCUAUCAUUGCUGAAAAGGCUGUUUGUCUUUUUGCCCCCACAGGCUGCUUCAGCAUGUUCCUUUCAGGGAGAGCAAAUUGACCCACUACCUGCAAGGCUUUUUCUGUGGUCGAGGUAAAGCCUGCAUGGUGGUAAACAUCAACCAGUGUGCCUCCAUGUACGACGAGACUCUCAACGUCCUCAAAUUCUCUGCUGUGGCGCAGAAGGUGCCUGCGUGGUUUCUUAUUUUAAAAGCAGUUAAACUCUUCAUUUUAUCAUUAUUGUCUAUAUUCAAUCCGCAAAUCAUGAUUCCAUAUCUAAUAGAGGAAUGCAGAGUGUCCAUAGAUGCUCUUGAUUCUUCAGUCAAAUUUUUUGAGCCUGCAGUUUUCAUGCUUAUGAUGUUGAUUCAUCUCUCUUUCUGCCCUUAUGUUUCCAGGUUGUAGUUAUUGCCACCAAGACUCUACCCAUCACGCCCCAGCUGUCCAGCUGUGAUGGAUCCAUCAUCAUUGACAAUGACAGAAAAGUUCCUCAGGGCAGCAGGAGGAGCUCCUUAAACGGCUGGGAAAGUAGCCUUGAGGAUAUACAGGUUGGAUGGAGACUGUUUCCACUAAUGCCUCUAUAUUCCAGUUCAUACAUUAGUUCAGUGCUCUAGUUUAAAUCCUACUUUUUUCGGCUUGAAUUAUCAUUGCACAUAUCUUCAUUUUGUUGCAGGAAGAUGAGGAUAAUGAGCAUGAGGAAGAAGAGAGUCUGAUGGAGGUCACGGUGGAUCAGAGUGGCACUGCAGAUGAUGACAACGACAAUCAUGAUCGAAUCCUAAUAAGCAAAGCAGCACACCAGGUAAGCCUUGUAUAUUUCAACUGCUCUCUGGGAGUAUAGCUUUGGGAGUUAAAUGUAACUAAUAGAAGCUACUCUUGGAUGUGCCGUUCUUUAGAAGCAGGUGGCGCUGUUGAGGCAGCUGCAGGUUCAGCUGAAGAAGGAGCGAGCAGAUAACAUGCUUCUGGAGGCGAGAGUCAGAGAGGAAAUCAGCCGAGACUUCUCAGAGCUCUUCUCUGCGAUGCAGACAGACUUCGAGUAAGAUAUUUUGACUUUUAUGUUGAUUUCUCUCAAGGUUUUGGGUCUUAAACUUCAGUCCUUUUCAUGUGUGUAAAUUUAGUGACCGCCUGGCAAGGGAGAGAGAAAUUCUGGAAGAGCGGGCCGAGAGGAGGCUGGAGAUCUUCAAGAACCUUAUUGAGAAGAUGGGCACUGCUGGACCGAAUCAAGAUGCACAAGCUCUGGUAACAAUUUCUGAGCUGUGUGUUUUGUUAGAGUUGUUGUUUGUUAAAUAUCUACACAAGCUCAAAAACGAUUGAAUAUUAAUGAAAACAUGGACAGAAACAGUCACCAUACAGAGGUAGUUUGACUUAUCAUUGUGUUUUUCCAAUAUGAUUCUUGCACUCCUGCCCACAGUCUGUAAUUUCAGGACAUGUUGGACUAGUUAUCAGGUUGGACCCACUCCUGCAGCCAGAUUACCAUUGAAAAGAUGAUGAUUCCUGAUGGAGUGACUUUAUAAACUGUGAUAGCAAAGGAAAUAGCAUGGUCAGCUGACAUAUCAACAAAGAAUCAGACAUCUUCUCUGUCCCUGUUUGAUAUCCAAAAUGAAUAACCCCAGAGAGAAAUUUAAAUUUAGCCACUCAAGCAGGGAUUGUUUUAGUGUUUUGUCUCAGGGCCCUCCGACAGAACCACCGCAGGACAUAAAACCUGGAUGUUCUGCUCUCUAAUGUCCCAGACUAAUUUUUCUGAUGUUUCCCUCUCCUCGCAGGACAAAUCUCUGGACAGCCACUCCUCUGAAUUGGCAGACAUCAAGAAGGCCGCUGAGGCUGCUCAUAAAUGUCUGGCUUCAGGCAGAGGAGGGACUCUGAGAGACAGAGAAGAUGCUGUGGAGGAGCUGGAGAGGAAGGUGUUGGAGUUGAACGAGCACCAGCGGAGAGUCCAAGAGCAGAUGGCGCACAAACCAGGAGGUGAAAGAUAUGGAUAUUUCCAUUUCCAUUGGAGAAUCGAUCAGAGAGGCAGAGAGUGGAUUUUUGUAUAAAUUAGGCUGUUCUGUCUUUUGUCAUCAGUUUAAUGAUUAAUAGAAGAUAAGAUUAAUAGAUAUGGCUUUCAUGGGUAGUUUCUGUUGCACCAAGCACAAAAUGAAGGAUCACAUUUAUGUUCUUAAGUUUAGCGUCACACUUCCUCAUCAGAAAGUCAUUCCAGACACAACUUGUAGUUCAGUCAAAGUCAAAGAGAUAAAGACAUACUUUGUCUUUUCCUGUAUUUUAACACCAUGUACGAAGGUCUGUUCAUCUGGCAGAUCUCACAGCCUCAUUUAACAAAACUUCCUGACCUACUUUUAACAUCCUUCUGUAUAUUUCCUAUUCUGUGUAUCACAUCGUAGGUGAACCUAGUGCAGAGGAGGAUGAAGAGAAAACAAAGCUGCUUCUUCAGCUCCAGGAGAAGUCGUCAGAGGUUUCCCGGCUGCAGAAACAGGUUGAAGACCUUAAGAAGGUGGCAGGAUCUGGCUCAUGUAACCACUCUAUGUCGGUGGAGGAGAGGAGUUCAUGUGAGAGAGAGCAGCUUCAGGUAAGGAGGCAAAGGAGCACAUAACAAGGAGGACCUACUAAAUUUCUUAAAAGACAGGAUGCAAUGUUGCAAAAGGCAAGCUGAACAUAACUCACUGGAACCAUUCUGUCAUGGUAAAUGGCUCUUGGGUCCUUUUAUUUGGGUUUUACUCAGAGUUAUUCAUUUCAACAUUUCCUCCCUUGUUUGUUGAGCACUACAGUUCAAGUUUAAUGAUGUUGACUCAUGAGCAUCUCUACUUUAAUCAGUUCACUAUGGUCUCAGCAUCAGGAGAGUAAAAUCUCUCCGAUUUUGUUUUCUGCUCUCAAAAGAGAAUUAAAAUAAAGUUUAGAUUUUUUUUAACAAGCCACUAACCCUUUCAAACACAGGACUCCCAUGACUUACCAAAGAUCUCACAGGACAGAUAACUGCUCAUCUACACACUAGUGUUGCACCGGCGUAAUAUUUAAUGAAAUGAGUAGAAUUGAGUAAAAACACACUGUAACAACGAGUUAGACACCCCCUUGAGGGAUGAGUGUUACCAACUGCUUGCUUCUCUACUUAUACCAACGUUAGUAACGACCGCACGAUAGCAACACACAGUUGUGUACGUCUCCACUCACAAACCUCAACCAAAAAGCCACUCUAUAGCCACAGAUAAUGCUCAGAACAGCACCUAACUUCAUCAACAGUAUAUAUAGGUGUCCCAGUCAUAGUACUAGCCAUUAAACAUCUUUUUAGCUUUGCCUGAUUUCUUUAGCAAAGAGACCAAACACAACUCACACACACUCUCUAAGCAGGCUUGUUUGUGGGGGAGCCAUGACGAGUCGAUCACUGAGUGCAGCGGAUCAUUUCCUUGAAGUGAUAAUCAUCAUAUAAAUGAUUUUGCACUGCAGACAUGGUAGUUCUUCUGCCUAAGCGUCUCUGUCUGAUUGCAUUUCCAUGAAGUCAUAAUCAUAAAUAUUCUUCCUUGGGCUGUGUCAACCUGCUGCGCUCUGUGAUUGACUCCUCAGGGCUCCCCCACAAACAAGCGGCUGCUGGAGGAGAGUGGGCAAGUUGUGUUUAGUCUCUUUGCUAAAGAAAUCAGGCAAAGUUAAAAAGAUGCUUGAUGGCUUGUACUAUGGCUGGGACCCUAUAUGUACUGUUGAUGAAGUUAGGUGCUGUUCUGAGCAUUGUUGGUGGCUAUAGAGUGGCUUUUUGAUUGAAGUUUGCGCAUAGAGACGUAGACCGCUGUGUAUUGCUAUUGUGCGUUCGUUACACAAGUUGGUAUUUUGAGAGAAGCAAGCAGUCGGCAAUAUUCAUCUCCUGAGGGGGGGUCUAACUCUGUGUCAGGUGUUUGACCAUAACUUCAAUUUACACUGGAAUAUCCCUUUAAUAUAACAGCAUAAAAGGCUGGGAUUAGUGGUUUAAAUAGCUCAGCCUUUGAAGUCUUCUUAGGUUUACAAAAUAUGAUACAUAGAUACUUGAUUAAAAAGAUUUUUUGAGUGUACUGAAAGUUUGAAGUUAACCCCUUCUAUGAGCUGAAAAAAAGAAAAAAAACACUUAUUGCUGUCUUUUUUUGAACAAUGACUGAAGUCCACCGUUUUUCAUUUUUCCAAAUUAAGUUUAUUCAUUUCUGAGCAAACAGUCACAACAUGGAUUCAAUAAUUUCUUCUGUUAUCCAGGCUGCACUUGAGAGGGAGAAGAGAGGCAGAGAGGAUGCCAUGGCUGCUCUUGAGUAUCAAACUUUAGGAAAAGAGGAGGCACUGUUAUCCUUAAAGGAGGAAAAGAAAGCGAGGGAGGAAGCUCUUGCAGCGCUCAGGGAGUUGAAACAAAGCAAUGAAGAGUUGCAAGCAUCUCUUAAGGAAGAGAGAAAAAUAAAUGAGAUGGCAAAAGCAGAUCUGGAAGCUGAAAGGAGAGCUAAGGAGGAUGUUGUUGCGUCCCUUGGAGUGGAGAAACAAACCAAGGAGGACUUACUUGCUGCUCUUAACCUUAAGAGAAGGGGGAAAGAGGAGGCUGAGUCUGCCCUGGAGGAGCAGAGGAAGCUGGCUGAGGAGAAAGAAAAGAUGGAGACGAAGGGCGAGGCGCUUCGACAAGAAAUCCAAGAGCUGAUUGCCAAACUUGAAGCCGCAGAGUGCCAGGUGGGUGAGAGUAUGACGUUUUUAUCAAACGCUUCUGUAACUUCAAGAGAGCUAAGGUUUUUUUAGACUAAAAGUGCAGCAUUUUUAUGAAAAUUCUACUCAUUUUAUUAAAUAUUUCAGGUUUUUUAAUGGUGUAUCUUUGGGCGAUAAACCGAAAAUUUACUGAUACCGAAAUUUAUGACAAUAACCAACAUCAUUUUGCCCAUAACGGUAUAUUAGGUGUCAAAAAAAUAAGUAAAUAAAAAAUGGUUUUGGAUGUGAAUAGGUAGACUAUGGUCUCAUGACUUUUUAAGACUCUGGCCUACGUCAGAGAUGUAACUCCACCCCAUCCACUCCGUAAUAAAGAGGGAAAGACAGGUGAGGAGAUGGAAGGCGGUUCAAAAGUUAGAGCGGCUUGAGCGGUGGCUGAAGUAGACAAAGUUAAUGUGGGAGGGGGUGAGCAGCUUCUGGAGUAGCUAUCGUCCAUUUAUCGUUGUCGAGGUGAACUGCUCAAUACAUCAUGAUAUUGAUUUGAGGCCAUAUCGCCCAGCCAUAGUAUCUUCACAAAAUGUAUGGAACAGAAACAGUGGGGUUAUUUUUCAGGAUCUCACGUACAUCGGUGAAGCUUGUCUGCUAAAAGUGAUCAGUAUGUGUCUUUGAAAACCUAUUAUCAGUGUUUUAUUUGAAAGCCUUCAUGAUACAACACUGAUAUAAACUUGAAUUGUCUUGGCUACAGGUAAAGAGCGAAACAGAGCGGGCUGAACAAACAGCAGUCCAACUUCAAACUGCUCAGGCACAAUUAGAUGAACACUCCAAGCAGCUCCAAGUGAAAACUGCUGAGAUAAACUCCCUGAUGGAGGAAGUCCAAACCCUGAAACAGAGACAGCAGACAUCAGCCACUUCAGCCGAUGACAACAAUCAGCUGAGGGAGGAAGCGGCAGAGCUCAGGAUGAAUCUCUUGCAGGAAAAGGAGAAAAAUGAGAACAAUCACAGACAGAUCGUGGAGCUGGAGCGUGAGCUGGCUCAGACAAAAGAGCAGUUGGAGCAGAAGCAGCUGGUCUUUAUCCAGCAGACGGAGCAGUCCACGGAGAAGUCCAACCAGCAAGAAGCCGCUUUGAAACUGGAAGUUGAAGAUCUAAAAAAGAAGCUCCAGGAGAAAGAUGGCAUAUCACAGCAACUGCUGGACGAGCUUAGAUCCAAACUGGAGUGCCAGGAAAAUAGCUUCAAAGAGGAAGUUCUCCAGCUGAGAGCAAAACUCGAGGAACAGUCGCAGUCCUCAAUGAAGCAGACUGAGGAGCUCAGUGAGAAGCUGCGAACACAAGAAUUAAUGUCUAAACAGCAUAUGGAGGAUUUAGAGCACAAACUAAGUGAACAAAAAGAAAGCAGCAAACUUUUAGAUGAUCUCAAACAGAAGCUCAGUGAGCAGGAGCAAACUUCUGAGCAUCUCAAGGCUGAACUAGAUCAAGCAAGACUGAAUAUUUCCUCUACUUCUAGUGCUAAAGAAGAUCUGAAGAGACUUAACUCUGAUCUCCAGAUUGAGUUGGCAUCCCUGAGGGCAAAGGUUUCUGACAUGGAAGAGGCAAAGGAGCCCGUGAGCAAAGCUGACGCUGAUCUCACACCAUCAGAGAUGGGCAGUAUCCUCAAAGAAAAGGACAGACAGGUGGAUGAGAAGCUGUCAGAACAUACGAAAGCCUCUGCCGAGAGAGAGGCAGAGCUGCAGAGGGAGAUUCUGAGAAAGGAGGACAAGAUAAAAACUCUCCAAAAAAGCCUGCAAGUGGCGCAGGAGCAACGGGAGGAGGAGGAGAGCCAGGCAGUCCAGGAGGCCCGACGCAGGGAGGUAGAGAGGCGAAGAGAGCUGCUGGCUGUGGCACAUGAGGCCAUCGCACAAAAAGAUGCUGAACUUGAGAAAAAAACUGAGGAGAUCAACAGGUAACAGAUUUCUCUUGAAACCAACAGUAUUGUCUAUCACUGUCUGUCUUAUCAGCUCAGGUUGUUCUGUGGUCUGCUUUCUGAAGUAUAGCUUUUUCUUAUCUCACCUAUCAACUCCAUCCAAUUAUCCUCAUAUCCAGGAGAGUUGGAUGGAGUUGCUGAAGUGGCUGUGAUUUGAACUAUUCUGUCCCCUGAAAAUACCAUUAAUGAUUCAUUGUUGUUUAUCCAGGCUUAAAGAAAAUGCAAAACAAGACACAGAGAAAGUCCAGAGCCUCAGCCUGGACCUCCAGAGGAAAGAGGACGACUCUUCAGACCUUAGAGAGAAACUGGCGGACUACAAGAAGCAGAUUCAACAGGUCCAGAGGGAGGUAAUCAUAAUUUUGACAAGCUAGUUACAGUGCAACUCAAAGAUAGAGACACUUGAAUUAUAGAUGGACCAGUUUUUAUCCCUGAGAAAGAGGAGAAAAGAUAAUCACCUAUCUUUUGUUUGAUUUCCCCUGAAGAUAUCAGCCAUGAGAGAAGAAGAAAAGGGUUUGAGGCAGAAGCUGGCUGACGCAGAAAAAGCCAAGAAGCAGCUUCAGACAGAUGUUGCAAACAGAGAUAGAACCAUCCAGCAGCUCAAAGUGGUAAAAAUAAUCUCUAAUCUUUAUCAAACCAGGUCUCAAAGCCUUUUUUUUUGUUUGUAUCAGAUCAAAACCCAUUUCCUGUUGUGAGCGAGAGAGCAGAGUUUUUGAUCUCUUAUCUCUCCAUCAUUGCUUCUUCUAGGAACAAUCAUCAGACGCCAAGUCUGACAAGACACUGCAGCUUUAUCAGAACGCCUGUAAAGGUAAACAUGUUUUUAAACCACGAGAGGUAAAGUGUUGUGUGUCGUGAUUGAGGAAAGAGAUCUGCUAUUUGAGACAGUGAGGUCCUUUUUUGUUGAACCAUACAACUAGUUCUCCUGACUCCAACUAGUUCAGAAUGCAGCAGCUAGCCUUUUAACUGGUUUUAGUAGACAGCAUCACAUCACUCCAAUUUUAGGCUCCCUUCACUGGCUUUCUGUCAGUUUUAGAACUGAUUUUAAAAUUUUGUUGAUUACUUUUAAGGCAGUUAAGGGAUUUCGCCAAGGUACAUUUCGGAGCUUUUAAUACCAUAUGAGCCAACUCGUAGCCUCAGAUCCUCUGGUGAAGGCCUCCUGGUUGUUCUAAAGUCGAGGCUCAAAACUAAAGGUGAAAGAGCUUUCUCCAUCGGAGCUCCUCGACCUUGGAACGACCUGCCAGAGGAGAUAAGGCGUGCAGAGAUGGUUGCCUCUUUUAAGUCAAUCUUAAAAACUCACUUUCACAGACUUGCUCUCAUGUGACGCCGUCUUCUUUUAUCUCUUUUCUCUUUUACUUCUGUCUCACUUCGGCAUUACUGUCUUUUUAGCUUAUGUUUUACCUAUAAACUUAUAUAUUUUAUGUUUUUACUUUGGUCUUCAUGGUCUCAUUUUAUGUUGCAGUGUUCUUGAAUUGUCUGGGUUCCUUAUGCCAUAUGAAAAUGGCCUUCAAUUCUGAGGCCUUGUUUAAACAGAGCUUUUUGUUUUUAUUUGUUUUUAUUUCCAUGUGCCAACGCUGUGUGCUUUAUGACCAUUUGUCAAAGCACUUUGUAAACCUCUGUUUUUAAAAGUGCUAUAAAAUAUUCAUUCAUUCAUUGUUUAUUGAUAAUUUAAACUUAAGAGUAAGUCAUUAAAGGUCAAGUUUUGAAAUGAUUCAGAUAUAUCCUUGCAUUUUGGAACUUGACCAUAUUUCUGGCCCUGCUCAGUUCCUUUAAAUUUGAAACAUCUUCAAAACAAAUCUGUCCGUGCCCAAAGAUAAUCUCCCUACUCUUUUUUUAAAGACUCUGAUCUGAACUUGUUUUGCAAGUUGACCUUUGACCUGCUUUUUUGAAGCAUCAUAAAAGGGAAAAUACCUCCCUGAGGGACAAACAUGUUUCAAAAUAAUUAACUGUUGUGUGGAGACCUUGGGGGGGCAUCCAAUUCUGAACCUGUACUUUGUCUGUUUUUAUUUUUUUUAAGACCUUGAAGCCAAAGAGCGUGUGAUGGAAGACAUGCGCUUAGCUCUUACAGAGCAGGAGGAGACCCAGGAGCAGAUGGAGCAGGUGUUGGAAGACAAACUUAACCUUAUCCAGGAGCUCUCCAGUGGUAAGACAAAGUGUACAAAAAGGAAGAGGCAUGGAGAAAGAGAAAUUCCAAAGUCUGUCCAUCAGUGAAAUUUCCCUACAAGAAGAACAAAAAUAUAUAUAUCUACAACAACGUGAACUCAUAGGCUCCAAACUGUGUGUCUCCUUUGGAGUAUUAAAAAAAAAAAGUCUGAGAGAAAAUCCAUCUCUAAUUAUGGUUGACAUUAAACAAUGGGUUAAAACCAUAGACUGUAUAAAGAAUGGACAGAGUCUGCCUCCUCGCUGGGUGAAGCCACUCCGAGAACAGCACCUUCUGAUGGUGGGCUGCAGUACAGGUCAUAAACCCGCCUCCGCCAGCAAAGCUAAUGGGACUGUGGACAAACUUUAGAAAUUUAUUACACAGAACAUAAAUUUUUCUCCCCCCUGCUUGUGAUGUUGACAUAUAGUUACAGUAAGACUGGUUUGUGCCCAAGUCCUUUUUUUUCUGUUCAGCUCCGUUUUUAAACGUUAUUAGGAGGUUCAUGUUUUCUAUGAUUGACACCUGGUAUAGCCUAUGGGCAUUCAGGGAUUGCGUAGCUCUUCCGGGGGAAUACGCUGUUUGACCCGAGCGUCAUCACAGGGACUCUCGGCGACUGCGCGGCCGAAUGCGCACAACGCUACUGCACAGCUCUGGUUUCAAGGAACCCGGAAUUACCGAGAGCUUUUUGGCUUCAAAUCCGUAUACAGGCGGAAGGCGGAACCACGGUGUCCAUCUUAUAUACAGUCUAUGGUUAAAACUCCUUCAAAGAGGAAACAAAUCUAGGAAGAUUUGUUGUCUGAAUCAAGAUUUGAUCAGGAUAAUCAGCAACAUAAAUUUAACAUUUAUAAUCACUAAACACUGGAUUAUGAAUUUUUGAAAUAAAUUAUUAUUUUUUUUUUGUUUUACUCUGAGCUUAUUGAAGUUUCUCUGUGAGUGACAUGUUUCAUAUCGAACCCUUUCAGAGGUGCAGAGAUUGAAAGGAAUGCUGAUGCAGCAGGACAGCGGAAACAAAUCCCAGCAUCUAGUUAACGGCUCCUCUGAUGAGCUGGGACUUGCCAGACAGGAAGCUGCACAGGCCAAGGAAGACUUGAAGGUAAUGAAGGAAGUAAUUUGAAAAUGCAUCAUAUGGUUAAACCAGCAAUGCAAUUUGAGUGACUGAAACAUUAUAGAAAUGACCCUCCUUUAGGAAGUGUAGGAGUUGAAUCCAGCACAAAAUCACAUUUUUGUCAGUGAUGAUUUGUAUACCUUUCCAACAAUUCUGAAAAAAGGAUCUAUAUUUAAUUUACAGUUAUUUUUCUUUGAGAAUUACAGCAAAGGGCCUCAAACUCCUCAGCAGCACACUUAUGUGACACCACGACUGGUUAAUGCCUUAUGUUUUGUUUACAGCUGGGCACUGAGAAACACCAGGCUGAACGUAGAAAGUGGCUGGAGGAGAAGCUGUCCCUCAUUGGCCAGGCUAAAGAAGCAGAGGACAAGAGGAAUCAGGACAUGAGGAGGUUUGCUGACGACAGAGAACGCUACAAUCGCCAGCAGAGCCAGCUGGUAAGAUGAGGAUGAUUAUGUAAACGUGUAAAACGUUUAAUAUGCCGUACAAGUGAGCAGAAGUAGAUUUAGAGAUGAGAACAAUCCAGAUCAAGUGGAUGAAAGUUAAACCCGUCUUUUAUUUUAUUUUUUAUUUUUUGUAAUUCAAAUUUUCAUGAAUUUUUAACAGGUUUGAACAACUUUAAACAAUGCAGCAUUUUGGCACACAUAUUGCAAAAGACAUUAAAGAGUGACAUCUGUUCACAGAAAUAAAGAGGUAAAUGAAAGAGAAAGGAAAUAACAAUAAUAGUAACAAUAUUAACAAAGCCUAGGACAUGCAUGGUCAUUUCAUUAUCUACAGUAAUUUCAGGUCCUCAUGUUGCAAAAAAUGACCCCGUAUCUCUGUUGUCUUCACUCCAGUGUUCAGUCUGCCAAGCAUGUGUUCAUAUGAUGAAAUCUUGACCAUUUCAUCAGUCCAUUCCUUUGCUGUGGGGCAUCUUGUCUUUUUCCAGUAUUGAAAUAUCAGUCUUGCAGCUUUUUUAAACCUAAUCUUUAGGAUACUGAACUUAUCAUCAGAUACCAUUGGAACCAUUUCUCUGUCUGCAAGAAGACAGAGCUUUGGAUGAAUGGGUAAUAUAGAACCGAGCCAACCUCCUAGAAUCUCAGAAACCUUAAUCCAGAAUGGGUGCACCAAGUUGCACCACCAGAUCAGGUGUAAAUAUGUACCCAGUUCUUUUUUUGCACUUCCAGCAUCUGUUAUCAUCAGCUGUUCCCAUAUUUUGAAGACUAGUCUGUAAAAGUUUAACCAGUUUUGAUAGAUUGGCCUGUGAUCUUUCUCAGUGUUAAGGUUGUCAUUAUUGGUGCUGUAACAGACACUGGUAUACUUGUUUUACAGCUCUUUUCUUGUAAAAAAAAAAAAAAGAAAAAUCAGUAAGAUCAAUAAAGUUCUUCUUCUUCUUGUAGCUUUACAGAGUCCAGAGUUAUCAAUCAUGUUUUUAAACCUGCGUUUCCAUCUUUGUCAGGAAUCCCUGACCUCUCAGCUGGCCGAGAAGGAGCAGGCCAUGGAGAAGUGGAGGAAGGAGAGAGACACUCUGGUUGCAGCUUUGGAGGUCCAGCUACAGAAACUGCUCUCAAGUCAAGCAGAGAAAGACAAAGUUAUCCAAGAGUUGAGGCAAAGUAACACACAGCCUCAGCCACCACAAGAGGUCAGUAUGACACAAAGAAGACUAUAGUUCACAUCCUGAGCGUGUGAUCCUUGUAUCUGUCAGAACUGGCUGUUCUUACACCAUAGAGACUGAGCAGAAAAAGGUAAUGAUAUCUUUGAUGUUAGAUAUACAUCCGUUAAAAGGGAAGCUGGCUUUUAGGAUAAAAGAACAAAGAUACUUAGAGAUAAAAAGUUCUGUGUCUUUUGACUCAGUGCAGGAUUUUUUUUUUCCCAAAUAUUCGUCUGAAGUCUGGCAGUAAACCUAAUAAGACUUGAAUUUUAUUAUUCAAAAAUCAUCCUCAAAUAUAAAACGUAGUAGCUUCUAUGUACAGUUUGAAAUGUCCUUGUCACACUCGGCGCUGUGAGCACCCCUGACAGAGAUGUCAGGGCAAUUGGUUUCCAAUCAUCUGUCAGUGCAAACCUUCUGCAGUAACAUUAUCGAUCCGAGUUUAGCCGGAGGUGAAACUAUACUGAAAGUUUGAAACCUGUGAGUGCACCACAUCGAGAGUUUUCUGGCCCAUUUCAUUCAGUGUUGAUUCACCAUUUAGAAAGUAGUGAUUGGGAUAAUCUAACCCAAGUGUUCUGGUGCAGAGGUUGGAAAAUCAUCUGUCAGCCAUAAAUCAAGUCUGCAGAGAAAGAGAAAGAGAAAACAAAGCCUAUAAAACCCUGUAACAAGAAAAACCCCCAAAACAAACAAAAAUACCCUCAGUCAUUGAUGGCAAGAAUAGUUUUGAAUUUGGACUGGAUCAGAGUCAGAGUCCAUUUGACUUUUCAGUAUGAAAUUUCUCAACUUCUUUCCAUUCCCUUUCUUUCAGUCUAAUCCCAAACUCCUUUAUCGGCCUGUGUUGAUCUCAUUACUAGAUACGAGUUUAUGGCAGCUUUUCUUUUAGUCAGACAGUCACCAAACAUUAAAAUAUUUCUAGCAAAGGACUCACUUCAAGCUCCUGUGCUUAUUUUGGAGGUCCCUAUGGACAAACCAUCACCUUUAGAUUGUUGCUGAUUUUUUUCUGGUCCUUUCCCCCACCCCACGUCUUUCUACAGUGAAAUUCCACUCACUGUGAAUAUUUACUUUUGGAAAAGUAACAAAGGUUAUCUUUUGAGUGCACCUACCCCCCACGCCGCUCCUCACGGGAGCUUGAAUUUCUCAAAUCACAUCAUUGUCAUUUACAUCCAUUUCAUUUAGUUUAUAUCAUUUAGUUUGAUGAUGGAGCUUUGUCAGAUUUGAGACAUUAAAUUUGCUUUAUUUUACUCUACAGGUAUUUCUUAGAUAGUUAAGUAUUCAUAGUGAAAGAAUCCCUAAACUAGCCCUCAUCAUAUUCUUUUUUUUUUUUCUUUUUUCUCCCCUUCAAGUUUAAGCUGCUGACACCUUGCGACCACCACACAUAAGCGCUGGAGACAGAUAUUUUGACCAUGAAAUUGCUUAGUUAUCUUUUUAAUAAUCUCUGGGCCGGCUUUGCUCCGUUAAAGAGGAGACCUCAGAGAGUAAUUUGGCUCGGAGUAAAAUCCUUGUGAAUGAUGUGCACUGGGGGGUGAUGUUUAGACUCGGUUUGUUGGGUUUUAUGGCCUGCCAAGCUGUUGCUCCUGCACUGCUCUGUGGGCAAUGUCACAGCUGAAGAGCAGGAAAGCACGCUGCAAGUUGAUCCUGGAUUUCUCCACCAAUUGAAUGUUUUCUGUUAAACUAGUUUCUGUGAUGUUACACUAUAGAGCGGUACACCUUGUGGCAGAGCUUCUCAUCGUGUUUUUAAGCCUGUUAAGAUUCAGGACACUUGUUAGACUGACUCUGCUUUCCUCCUCCUCUCUGGUGUGCUGUGGACUUGCUUCUUUAGCUGGAUUGUAUUAUCACAGUGGGGGCACGUUUCUGUGAUAACACUGUUACAGUUCAGUAUUUGGCACAUCACUCUCUCACACAUUGUUCUCACUGAGAUGUUGUGUGGUUUUCUAAGUCAGAGUGUUUUUUCAGUGUGAUCCCACAGGAUAAUGCAGCACAGAGAGUGUGAAGGCUGUAAUUACUUACCAUACAAGAUCAUUUCCAAUAUGUUGCCUAUUAUUUUAUUGGUGAAUUUGUUGUAAAAGUUGUGUCUGGCAAACUUUUGGAGAGAAUUUCAACUGGUUUUUAAGAGGCAUCAUAGAAAGUCUUUGAAAAGGCCACAAGUCAUCUGAGGUUUACUCCUGUAAGUAAAGAAAAUGAUAACAACAGGCACUAAAUUGAAAUUUAGAGCAUUAAUAUUUUUUUUCAUUAAUUGAUAAUAUUUCUAAUUUAUUGCUUACAAAGUUUCAAACUAAAAGGGAUAUUCCAGUGUAAAUUGAAGUUAUGGUCAAACACACUGUAACACCAAGUUAGACACCCUCUCAAGAAAUGAAUGUUGCAGACUGCUUGCUUCUCUAGAUAGACCAACUUUAGUAACGACCGCAGGAUAGCAAUACACAGUCUAUGGCUGUGUAUUGACUGUCUGUGUCUCCACCAGCACACCUCAACCAAAAAGCCACUCUAUAAUGCUCAGGCAGCACUUGACUUCAUCAACAGGUCCCAGCCAUAGUACUUGCCACCAAACAUCUUUUUAGCUUUGCCUGAUUUCGUUUGCAAAGAAACCAAACACAACUCACCCACUCUCCAGCAGCCGCUUGUUUGUGGGGAAGCUCUAAAGAGUCGAUCAACAAGUGCAGCGGAGAAUUUAUAAUUUAUAAUAAUAUAUUACUUGAUGGAAAUAAAAUCAGAGUUCUUGUGUAUCUUGUAUGUGCACUGCAGACGCAGAAGUUCGUCUGCCUGAGCCUCUAUGUCUGAUUGAAUUUCCAUAAAGUAAUGAUCAUAAACUCGGUGAUCGACUCGUCAGGGCUUCCCCACAAACAAGUGGCUGCUGGAAGAGAGUGGGUGAGUUGUGUUUAGUCUCUUUGCUAAAGAAAUUAGGCAAAGCUAAAAAGUGUUUGGUGGCUAGUACUUUGGCUGGGACCCUAUAUGUACUGUUGAUGAAGUUAGGUGCUGUUCUGAUCAUUAUUUGUGGCUAUAGAGUGGCUUUUUGGUUGAGGUUUGUGAGUGGAGACUAUCGUGCAGUCUUUACUAAAGUUGGUAUCACAAGAGAAGCAAGCAGUCGGCAACAUUCAUCUCUUGAGGUGGUGUCUAACUCGGUGUUAGUGUGUUUGACCAUAACUUAAAUUUACGCCGGAAUAUCCUUUAAGUCUGAUUGAGAUUUCUUAACUUUAUCAAGAGAUGUGUGACAUUUAGCUCAGAGAUUUCUUUUUGCUUCCAGCAGUCAGCAAGAGCUUUUUAUUAUGUCACACAAAAGCCUUUUAUUUUAUAUUAAUGGUCUAUAUUCCCCUUACAGCUUGGGUAAACAGUGCUGAAUAGUUGGCAACUUGGGAUAUAUCUCGAUAAAAUCUGAGUGCACAAAGAGCAGCUUCUUUUUUUGUCACCUCCUGUUUUUGUUCAUGUUGGAAAGAGUAGCACUGAAUGCAUUUUAAUGCAAGUUUAAGAAAAGAAUAAAUAUCUGAGGACUGGCUAUUGAGCUUGAGUACUUUUAGAAAUGUCACAGUUGUGUGUUUUUCUUGUUGUGUGGGUCCAUCUGUUGUUUUUUUUACCCUGCAGGUGAAACACAUAGGAGGGCAAACAUAGGGGAGGGCACACACAGAACAGAAACAUACAGUAAAACCCCCACCCUUAGAACAAAAAAUGAAUCAUUUGCCUCAUAAUAACACUUUAAGGUAUAUGACAAAAAAAUUUAUUUGACAAAAGCUCAAAUCUGUCUUGAUAGAAUUAAAGAACAAUGUGUAAAAAGUGUAUGUCCCAGUACAUAAAUGGCAAUAAUGGGGGGUUACUUACCAAGUGUGUAUUUUAAAGAAAACGCACAAUUUCAAAACACAAACUAAGUGAUGGGCCAACUCUGCUGCAACAGGAUUCAAAACUGACAGCCACAAAAGUAGACAGCUACGUGGGUGUCACUCCCACAAAGAACAUAAUGGCCAUUAACACAAAAAAACAAUAGAGCAGAAUAUCCAAUUAAUCAACGCUUGAAACAAUAAUGCAGGAGACUAAGAGAACAGAACAGAAGAAGCAUUUUUAACAACAUGUUCAGCUGAGCAACAGCAACACAAAGAAGUCCAACUUAAAUGACUACCACUACUGCCACACAAAAAAGACACAAUCAAGUCCCUAGGCCAAGUCUUAAGAAACCAACCACACUUGUUUUUUUAAUGGUAUUUAUUGAGAAACUAUUAGUGCCAGAAAUUGGUUUUGUAGGUAGAGUCAGUACACAGAGUGUGUGUAGGUUGUUCUGUUUAGAACAACCUAAACAGUUUUGAAUUUGAUGUUUUUAAGUCGGUGAAAAACAUUUUUACUAUUCAAGUGUAGCCUAAUGUCACUAAAUUUAGCUCAGAUGUUUCGCUUUCUAUUGCUUUGCACUGUGUGUUUGCCUGGGGAUGUUUGCAGUGCAUUUAUAGAUCGAUAAUCUAAAUCUUGGUUUAAGUUUGAAUCCAUGGUUUUUCUUUUGUCUCUCCCUGAAUAUGGGCUGUACAUUUUUCAUCCUAAGUGGAAAGCUCAGCUUUGUGUGGGAAAAGAAUAUUGAUUGAAUUGUGUUUUAUAACUGAUCAUUAGAAAGUGUUAAGAAAUAACCAGUGCCUUCACUGUAACUGUGAGAAGAAAAUCCCUUUUCAUUAUGUUGGGUAAACUACUAAAAUCUGCUUUGAGGUUUUUCACAUUAGUGGCUCGCUGAGUUUGAACAAUAGGUGUUUAAAUCAGCGAUAAUGGCUCAUAGCCCUGGAUAAUGUCCAUAAAACGUCAAUGAUGUCUGUUAUUAACAGUUAACUUCCUCUUUCAGAGCGGUGCUGGCAGCAGCAACAUCGCAGAGCUGCAGGCUGCUCUGUCGGAGAGGGAGGCAGAGGUCCUACGCCUGCAGGAAGAGCUGGAAGCCUCAAGAGACAAGCAGGCAGAAACAGUCACACAGGUCAGUUUUAAAGACGUACAAUACUUUAACUGAAACAUGUUUGGUGAAACCCAGUGUGGCAGGCAGGAGCAUCAUUUGGUUCUCUUUUGUUUUAUAAAUCUCCAUGAAAAAGAACCACAUUUUUUCCCAAUCUAAUCCAACAUGGAAAUGUCACCGAGCACCGACAGACUGGAACAUGAUUAGAAUGAAACCAUAAAGCCACUACCUCCAGCCCAUUACCUUUCAAUUUCAUUAAAUUAGAAGAAAUUAUCAUGUAUCUCAGUCCUUCCUGUGAUUAAAGGUGAGGACACUACAGCAGACUGCAAACCAUCAUCACUUUUGCUCAUUUGAAUUUCUAAUUUGAACUGAAAUCUAUCUCAAAAACAAGGACCAGCUCAGAUUAUUAAGUGUUUCUGUAAUAUUCAGCUUUACUGGACUGCAGAUAUGUGUCACACACUGACAGCUCCCGAAACAGAGUUGGGGCUCGGCUAUGCAAAUGAUGGUGAUCUUUGCAUCUGUAUGGUUUACUUAAUUAGGAAUCUCUCUGUGAGACUUGAACCCAUCUAAUUCACAGAACACAAAAUAUAUACCAUAAUAAUGAAUACAACAUCAACUUGUUCUGUCACACAUGUAAUCAUGGUUUUCUUUCUACUCAUUUUUACGAUUUACAGACUGAGGGAACAGAGAGGUCUGCUAUGCUGGCUGGAAAACAUGAGAGUGAGACAAUUAAGAGGAGGUCAGGAGGAAGGAGAGACACUAGAGCAUCAGUCAGCAGCCAGGUGAGCUCAUGUGAAUGUUUUGUGAACUUGAGUGGACAUCUCAGGUCUAAAGAUGCAAACUGAAAACAGCUGAGGAAGGUAACACAGUCAGAGCCCACGUUAUGAUUUAUUUUCAUGAGCAGGAAUCUGAUUUUAACAAUACACUUGUUAAUGUGCAAGUAACAAAGGAACAUUGAACAAAAGCCACCAUCAUGGUACUUCAUAAAAAUUUACAUCAGAAUAUGGUUUCUGAUCCUGACAUUGUUCUUGCGUCUCAAGGCACCAGUGUGCUUCAGAUGAAGUGCUUCUAAAGGUUCAGAAAAAGACUUUAAGAAAGUACAAGGUUUUAUACAUCGGUCUGACGGGUGUGAGGAGUUCUAAAGCCUGGUACUUUGGCUCACUGUGAGGCCAUGAGGUAUUUUUAAAUACAUGUGCAUCACCAGUAAUAAGAUAAAGUGCAAAGUUUGAAGAACCAUUUCUCUCUGUGCCUUCGACUUUUUGUGUUUGUGUCAUGGAAUACUUCUGAAAGGCAAGACCUCAAAGGGCUUAAAGGGAUAUUUCAGCAUAAAAUAAAGUUAGGGUCAAACACACCAUGCUUGCUUCUCUAGUUAUACCAACUUUAGUAACGACCACAUGAUAGCAAUACACAGCGGUCUACGUCUGCAUGCGCAAACCUCAACCAAAAAGCCACUCUAUAGCUACAAAUAAUGCUCAGAACAGCACCUAACUUCAUCAACAGUAUAUAUAGGGUCCCAGCCAUAGUACUAGCCACCAAACAUCUUUUUAGCUUUGCCUGGUUACUUUAGCAAAGAGACCAAACACAACUCACCCACUCUCCUCCAGCAGCCGUUUGUUUGUAGAGAGCCCUGACGAGUCCAUCACCUCGUGCACCCUUGUUAGCUCUGUUCUGUUUACAUUCCCUUUUUGUUAAAAAAUAUUGUGGCAGCACUUUAGUUUUUAUAGAAUAAUUAUUCCAAGAGUUAUUGAGUUAAAUUUGCUGUUUUUUAAACUGUUGUAUUUAAACAUCAAUGGCUUGAAUUUCCUGUAUUUAUUUGUGUUUUACAAAGGGUUUAACCUGAGCCAGAAUUUACCUCAAUGAUAAUCAUAUAACAGUCAUGCAGGCCUGGUAUGAUAUUUUUUUUCUAACAUAUUGGUAUCAGAUCGGUACAAGGUAUUGGCCAAUACCCACAGCACAAGGAUUGGUAGGGAAAAAUUGGUAUCGGAACAUUUCUAGUGGAUUAUCUUUUGCAGUGCUAACUUUUUUUUUUGUUGUUAUUUAUUUAUUUAUUUAUUUUUUGGUGAAAAAUAACAAGACAGACAGGUGAUAUUCAAGUAUUCCAUGGGAGACUGUGAGAGUUGAAGAAAGGGGAGGACAAGACAAAAUCUAAUCAAAUUUUAAAAAAGGGAAGAAAAAAAACAUCAUACAAUUUAGGUUUAGUUUGUUAUCUGAUUCAAAACCUUGGUUUUUCCAUUCUUUUACGAAUCGUCUUUUGCAGUGAUAACUUUAAAUAACAGCGGGGGGAAACCUUGUGGUCAUCGAUGUAGAUAACAAUUUUACUCUAAAGGGAAUGACAGCAAUCUUAUGUCCCAUACUAUACACAAGUGGAGUAUUCUUUACCACCACAUCUGAAUGUCUAGCAGAUCAGUUUUUUUGCACUGCUUUGUUUUAAAGAUUUUACAUUCCUGAGUAUCUGUGAAAUGAAACAGAGGACACAAAGGGACAAAACACCUUUAGAGGGCAGCUGUGAUAAAUUGGUGGCGAAAAUUGGCCACCUGAACCUUUUGAAUUCCACGGUCAGCAACACUUUCACAGGUGUGGAUCCUCUGGCUGUUUUGUCUGCUGCUGAACUCUAAAUUUUGUCAACACAGACAUACCAGUCUGCCACCUCUCUCUAGUGACCUGUGAUGUGACCCUGAACUCAUUUUUUGGUCCCGCAGGGCUCAGCUGGCUGCCCGUCAGUGCUGGACUCCUCUGAGAUUUCCACAGAGAAUGGGAGGACAAGCCGCUUCCCCCGGCCAGAGCUGGAGAUAUCCUUCAGCCCUCUGCAGCCAAACCGCAUGGCCCUGCGACGCCAGGGAGAGGAGAAUGCCGUCACUGUCAAAAUCACUCGAUCGGCUCGCAAGAGGAAGAGCGGAGAGAUGGAAAGGGUAAGAACAUGUCACGUGUAACAUUAGUUGAAACAUUUUCCAUAGGAAGAGAUUAUGCUUGGCCUUUUUCAGUUCGGAAGUGAUUGAAAAUUCGUGAAUCUUCUGCCCUUUUGAGGUUACAUUUCCUCCCACAUGUCCAACUACAAAAAAGAAGCCUGUGGAAAAAAAAUCCAGUGUUCACCUCUAGGAUUCCUAAAAAUACAUCCUCCAGAGAGUAAGAAGAGAAUGGUUUGAACAAUCCCAGAGAUGAAAGUUCAUUUUUCAGACAUGUUCUGUGGAGAAAAUGUCAGUUUGAAACCUUUCCCUCUGCGGCUGUCAUUCCUGCAUGUGGUCUAUGAUUGUCUUAAAAGUUACUCCAAGAAUGGAGCACUUGCAGCUGGAUAGCAGCUGUACAUUUGGCAGUAACAGUUAGACCUGAUCAACCGUGUAUGGUUAUCGUAUGGUUAUUGCAUGGUAAUCGACGACUUCAAGUGUAUGGUUAUGGGAGGCUUUUAUGCUUAAAUUGAGAUCUGAGCCACAAUUUUCUGAUUAACAUUUUCUGGUUGUCCAACAGUGAGCCUUUUUCUCCUUAAGUUACACAUUAGAAUUCUGGUUUUCAUCAGCUUUGAUCCUGCUUCACCAGACUUCUAAUCUUUUAUCUCUACAAAAAAAAAAAAACCUCUUUGGCUGAAUAGAAAUAGCUUUUCCUCAACAUCGUUGCAUUAUCAUGCGUCACAUUUUGUUCCUUUUAAAGAAGCUUCUUUCAGUUUGUUGUUAUGUUCGGCUUCAUUUACAUGACAGCGCUGCCUCUGUCUUGUUUGUUGCUAUAUCCUUAAAUAAAGGCACAAUCAAAGGCAUACAUUUUAAUUAGGAGUGGGAAUCACCAGUGGCCCCACUUUAUUAUAUUAUUAUGAUACUUGGGCCACGAUACGAUAUUAUUGCGAUUUUUAACAUUUUGCAAUACAGUGAGUAUUGCGAUACAAUAUAUUGCGAUUUACAACGUUUUUUUCAACUGUUUAGCUAAUUUAGCAUUCGGCUUUCCUGUAUGUGUGUCUUAUUUACGCUGUAUUUUAUUUUCAUGUAGCACAUAGUGCAACGAACUUUCUCCUGCUUUCUGAUGUCACUUCUGCCAACCUUACCUGACAAACGAUUGAUUUUAUUUUUCCAUUAUCAUAGAUUUGACUUUAUCUUAGCAAUUAAUUUGAAAAAAAUCAGUAUAUGGUAAAUGAUACAUCACCAGACAAAAUAUUGCAAUACUAUACUGUAUCAAAUUUUUUCUCCCACCCCUGAUUUUAAUGCACCUGAUUUACCUGCUACAACAAAGAUAGCAGGCUCCACGUAAAUGCUUUGGUCCCUACAUGCUUGUGUGAAAGUACAAAAACAUUUCAGUAUUUUGUAUAAGUACUGGCCAUCUACCAAGAGCAAUGUACAAAAUCCUUAAGCCCAAAGAAUACUAUUAGCAUACUAUAAGGCCUGGACGAUAUAGAAAAAAAGCAUAUCGAUAAAAAAUAAAUCAUAUUGAUCGAUAUCGAUAAUUAUCGAUAUAAUUAUUAUAAUUAUUUAACAUAUAUUUUAAUUGCAGCCCUGGAUGUUUUAUGCUAUUGCUUAAUGACCUACUUUUAAUAAAGAACACACAAGCCCUGAAUUCAAAUUCAAACCUUUAUUCAACCACCUUUUUUAUUUUACCACAACUGAAAGUUUUUUAAAAAAGAACUAAAAAAAAAAAAGAAAUCAACUUAAGUGGCCUGAGUGACGUCAGUAAAUACUGACAAACAUAAAGACUAAAGUGACCAGAAAAUCUGAUAAAUAAAUAUUUAAAUAGUCUUUUGAUGAAAAUAAACAAAACAAACAAAUAUAUAAAUAAACAGAAUAGCUUUAGGUGGGAAUAGCAUACUACCAGUUUUAACUGUGUGGGAAACUGCCCACAGCCUGGUGUCUGAACACUGAAAUAUUUCUCCCGGGGUCGGGAGAUUUAUUUUUUUAAUUAUCAUGUGAUUGACUUAAUACACAAACUAAGCACGAGAAGCAGGACUUAUCCACGCCGGUGUUGUGUCGUAGAAUGCACCCCUGCCGAAUGCACCCCCUGCUAGUAGCCAUGAUCCAAAUACUCGCGUCUUUGUAAAACAUGAGCUCAUUUUCUUCCACUUUAAGAAGCUAAUGAGUGGACGGGAUGCAGGGGUGCAUUCUACGGCACAACACCCUGACCCAUUUUCAUGCCUGAAGCGCUGUGUUUGAGAAAUACUUGCGGACGGGCACUUCAUAUCGCGGGUCGAGAGUGGCUAGAAGCUGGUCGAAGCCAGGCUUUUCAACGGUAGUUAUUGGCAGUAUGUCCCUCGCUAUGGAGCAUGUUACUGCAUGGGUGAUGUCCUUAUGCCGCUUGGACGCUUUGUCGUAUUUUUGGAGAGAAACGAAGUCCAGUUUGGUCUGCUUCACAUGCUUUGUGCUGGUGCUGGCAGCGGUUCCAGAGGAUUCCUCCGACGAUGACGUGGAGCCGCGGCGCGGCCGACACAGCUCGUACUCCUGCGGGUGCGAUCGGUUUAGAUGGUAGAACAAGUUGGUUGUGUUACCAGACUUGGUUUUUACUAAUUCUCUGCAAAUUUUGCAAACGACCGCUGUUCGCUUUUUGUCAGACUUCUAAAAACCAAAACAUUGCCAUGCUGGUGAACUACUGAAACCUUUUUUCGGGACAAUGUCCUCCGCUUCUCCUUGCUGUAUCAUUUUUUCUAAUACACGUGCUGUCUGUUGUGGUUUGAUAGGGGCUGGGCUUGGUGCCGUAGGUACCUGGGUCUGCGUUUGUGAUUGGUUGGGAGGACGUAAUGACUGUAGUAAAAGCUACAUGAUAGGCUAUGAUGAAAAAGAAAGGGAAACUGUGUUUUUCUAUCGAACUUUUUAUCGACCCGUUUUUUUUCUAUCGCAGCACACGUCUAUCGAUCGAUAUAUAUUGUUAUCGAAUUAUCGUCCAGCACUACAUACUAUGCUGGCGGUGUUUGACAAGUACAAGUUAUAAGGUCAAAGAGCCAACUCCAUCCGUGCCAUUUGGAAAUGGAUAACACUGUCCUCAUCCUGUGAACUGCUGGAUACUACGGCUGUUUUGUGAAACCAGUUGCAUGUCGCACAUUGUUUUAAAAAAGUAAUCAGAAAAACAGACCAAAGAGGCUCCAUGGAAACAAGACCAGACUGAAGGACUUGUGUAGUGAAGCAGCACUGGAGGGUAAGCAGGGUAAAGGUAUUAUUCAGGUCACCGUCCCGCUGGAAUUUGAUUUAAUGUAGUCAAGAAGCUGCACUUCUGUUAAUUUGUUUGUUUGGACUAAUGUGAGGGAAGAAGGCUGAUGGGUCUGUUGCAUUUGGCUCUCAAAGGAGUGUGUUACAUGUUAAUGCUAGAGCAAGAACAGAUACAAACACAGCUGUGACAGAGGCCUGCUUUUUAUAUAGAAUACAUGAUGUUCAUGCUCUGCUCAAAGAAGAGAAACUCCCAAGAUUUUUACUUGUUUACUUAUUUUACUUGAAUUUCUGAGUAUUGUUAAAAUAGAUAUUAGAUCCAUAUUUUUAAUUUUGUCAAAAAACACACUUUUUCGUCGUGUCCUAACUUUUUCAUGACUGUAGCUAACUAAAAAAAAUGUUAAAUUAGGAUUUAAGGUUGCAUCGGUAAAAGGACUAUAAGGCGAGGAUGAUUAAAUAGCAGCAUAAUGUUGUCAAAUGUCUUGCCAAAAAGAACACAAUUCAUAACACUUGAAUAAUACAUUUUUCUUCAGAAUAGAGAUUUGUUUCCCCUGCAAAAAAGUGUAUUACAUCCUAUUUAACUUCCUAACAUAAGAUCCAAUAAACUUUAAAAUACAUCAUAAAAACCACUGCUGUUAGCAAAUACUCGAGAAAUAACUGAAAAAGAGUAAAGUCACCCUCACGUUGUUUCUUUUUUUUUUUGUUAUUGUUGACUUCCAGGGGCUUUGUAGGGCUUUGCAAGAUUAAACUGGUUUAUAUAAACACUUGAUCAUAAUGUGAUAAUAAAUCCCUUAACAGGGGUAAGUUGAACCUACCAAACUCAAAUUCUAAAAUAUGUAAAACCAGAUAAAAACUGUUGGUGCUUACAUAAUACCAAGUCAUAUGGUGGACAUAAAUAAUAGUCACAAGCAAACACUCACAGAUGGGUCAAAGAAAACAAUCUCAUUAAUCAUAGAAAUCCCUCACAAGGGGAAACAUGAGUCUCGUUGUAGUCGUUGCACACACACACACACACACACACACACACAGACUAACCCACCCCAUAGGACACACUGAACAAACCGCUCACUUAGAGGAACACCAGAGCAGGUAGAGUUCACAAAUCACACCCCUGUUCACCAUCCCUGUCUGCAGAGGUUAACACUUAUCACAGCUCGAUUGCCGAACUCUGAAGUAUCUGAAAAACACAUUUUCCUCAGAGGGAAAAGUAAAUAGGUACAGUCUGUGUUUUCUUAAAACCUAGAACAUACUUGAUUUAUACCAGUUUCCUCUCUGUUGUUCCAAAGACAGCCCCACUGAAGCAUAUUCACAAGUGUUUGCUGCUUGUUUGUCAUCUUGUAAACACUUCAUUUCCCUUCAGGCUUUGUGCUUUAGAUGUGCUGAUAUAUUCUGAGUGCUAAGCAAUAAAAACCUUCUGGGUGUGCUUCAAAUAUGAUGACUGGUCAACAUACUUUAAUCCUAGCGGGUAUCAAAAAUGAUAUGGACAAAUUUUUUGUGUGGAAAAACUCAAUGAAAGAUGAUUAAUGGAUAGUUUCACAAGUAGACUGUGUAUUGCUGAAUGGUUUUGGUAGAGAUUGAAUUUGAUGAGUUCAGCUGAUCUGGAGAGGUGACUUGAUAAAUACUGCAGCAGUGUAGGGGAGAUUAAAUAGUGAUUGACCGUUUUUUUAAUAACAAAUGUGAUGAGAAUUAUUUUGAGCAAACUGCUUUUCAGCACAUAAAGUAGAAAACACGAGGGCUCAAAGCAAACAUGGAGUACAAUGAUAGGAAUUGAUCAGUACACCUCAUUGACCCAUAACUUGACUUUCUGUAAAAGCCCUCACCAGGAUUUAUGUGCGCCUUUAUGUUUUAUUGUUUUGUGUAGUUGAGAGCUGUUGACCUCCAGGUGAUGCAUAACAACCGCCAGUGCGGUGAGGCUGCAGAACGUGGAUCAUGUCAUAACACGAGUUGUACUUCUGUUGUGUUUACAGUGUUACUUUCCUCUCUUUUUUUUUUUAGCUGGCAGUGCCACCACAAUUUUGUUUGCAAUAGCAGACAGUGUUUCCCCAAGUUUUUUUGAUAAAAAAUAAAGAUUAAAUGUAUAUAGUAAUCGACGACUUUAAUUUCUGGGUUGGGAUCUUGUUGGCAGGGCGGGGUAUCAGUUGGCAGUGCAGAGUACACUAUAGGGGAAAGACUGGAAGAUAUAAAUCAGUUUGACAUCAUGUUAAGGGAUUUACUGGCAGUGUUUUGACUUUUUUUUUUCCAAACAACAACAAACUUCCUUGGAUGACUUUCUGUCUCAAAGGGUGACUGUAGGAAUGCUAAGCAGACCAUCAGAACAGUUCCUGUGUGUGUUGAGAAUGAGUGAAGAGUUUAUGCCCAGUUUAUGUGAAAUUUAUUUUUUUAUAUGUUUUAUUUUUUGGUGUGUGGGGGCAGCUCAAUCUGGCUUCCCAGAGCGCAGGGAUGUCUUUAACACCUCAAAGACAUGCAGAAUCUGCGGUUAAUGCCACAUAAAGAAUGUUUUGGCUUUUGUGUUCUUGUUAAGAGAAAGGAUUUUGGUGGAGGGGGGAACUGAGAGGACUGAGUGGGACAUGACUUGUGGCAAAAGAUUGAGGUCAAGAAUCAAACUCAAUCUGACUCUGUACAAAGUGCACAGGAGUCAACCGCUGUGCUAAACUGGUGCCCAAAAUAAAACUCCCCUGUUUGUUAAUAAUGAAAGAUGGACAUAUAAAUAUCCACAUUUGUAAUCACAUGUUUGUCCAGCGACGGCACCAAAAACAAACCUAUUUAUUAAGAGAAUGAGACUUUGUGGUGCAGUAACUUUGUGGUGCUCAUCUGAAUAGGUUCAAAAGCAGCAGUUAAACUUAAGCACACUUUAUAAAACAAUACAGCCACACAACCAAAAUGACCAACAUGUGCCCUUUGAGAUUAUAGUCUGAAAAUGUAAAGGUUUGAAUAAGCAAUAUCAGUGAGUUUGAAAUUGGAGUCACUAACAGGCCGGGUCAAAAAAAAAAAAAGGCCUUAGUCAGCAUGAAGUAGGGACGGGAAUUGAUAAGAUUUUAUCGAUAUCAAAGCCAUUAUCCAUUCUGCUUAUCAGUUCAAUUCUUUAAUGAUUCCCUUAUCGAUACCGUUCUUUGAUUUAAAAAAAAAAAAAAGUAGACUAUAACAAUUUCACUGUUAACUCAAAAUUUUAGUGUCUUUUAUAACAGAAAAAGAUGUAUGCCACCUUCAGUGAAAGUCUUGAAAUGAUCAAACGACAAACUAUUUGUACAGCAUUUACCUUGGUCAGUAUUAAGUCAAAUACAUAAUACGUUGUUAAGUCUGGCAUGCAAUGUGCUUAUGUUAACACAGGACAUACGUUAGGGUGACCAUAUUCGAAUACAUGUGACUCCUUAUAUUUGAUGCCAUGCCCCGUUGACAAAUGUUGAGGCAUGUUGCUGGUGUUUCCACCUUUUCAUGUUAUCACUGCUCGACAAAUGUUGCACAUCGCGCUGUUGUCGUCUUUCUUGCUAAAAUGAACCCCGGCUUAUGAUCGUUUCGGCCUACUUUUCAUACUGUCCACCAUGUUUUUUUCCUCUAAGUCUCUGUUCUCGUUCGCGUAGACUGGCACUCGCAAGACUAUUUUUCAAGGCACCUGGAAGAAAGGAAUCAUUUAGAGAAAAUGUAAAUGAUGUCGAUGGAUUGAACCAUUCGGAACUGGUUCUCAACAAGAACUGGUUCUCGAUUCCCAUCCCUCACAUUUAGUAAACUUUUCAUUUCUUUUUGCUCACAUAGACUAUGACUGGACAUACCUGUCUGUCCGUGUUGCCAUAUUUGUUUUCAAGAACGUUGACUGCUUCUUGAGAUGCUCAAACAAAGAGAACAAGAAAGGCCCCAUGUAAAUGAACAUCCCCCUCUUGAAUAAUUGAAACUUUUGAGCGGUGAGAAGAACUGUAUAAGGACUUGUGAGCGCUGUGCCUACAUGCUUUGACAAAAGCUCAUUAGCUGGGACAUACGGAAGUACAUUCAUGUAAAAAGUAUUCCCAUGUCUACACUCUCUUGAUAACAAUAGUGGGAGUUCAUAUAAGGGGGUAAAAGCUUUUCGAUGAAACCUCAAAGUAAUUCUACUAAUGACUGUCGUUCUGCUGAGUGAGCCCAGUUUUUGAGAGAGAACUGGAACAAAAAGAGAGGGGAGGAAGGGGGCAAUCAAAGGCUCGAAAAAAGUAGGUGUUUUGUAGGGAAGCAAUUCUUCAGCACUUCCAAAGUGAUGCAGUGUUACAUCACAUUUUAUUCUUGGGAUCUGGGGCACUCAAGUCAGCAUUUAUAAACAUGAACACAUCUCUUUUCAGAGGAAGUAAAAAAAAAAUCUUAAAGGCAAGAUGAAGAACCAAAUUAAUUCUCUGUGGGGAUAAAAACUUCCUGCAUGUUAAAACAGAAAUGUUUUCUGAAUAUACAAACAGUGAGGGGGAAAAAAACAACUUACAUGUUGGAUCUGCUGUUUGAAUGACCCAGAGUCUAUUUUGAAAGAACUAGAUGUACCUCAUGGAUCAAAUUUUACAGGAAAUUUUGAACUGUCAAGAGCCUGAGGGUCAGUGUGUCAACUUAUUGAUCACCUUGUUGGUCUUCAUCAAGUAGCAAGUGGAAAAAGGUGCUUUUAUCCAACAACAGUAAAAUAAAAAAAACAAAGGGGGGAAGGUGAGUUUAAAACAAAGAGAAAUAGGCAGAGAUAAGUUGGGGAAAACCGUGCACAGGAAGUAGGAAGAAGCACAGAUAAAUUGAGAGCGAUGGGCUUAGGGUUGUGGGCUGAGGGGAAGUCAGCCAGAGAGGAAAGGUAAGGAAGUGAGAAACAGCAAGACAAGAGAGGACAGACAGAGAGAGACAGCAGAGGGAAUACUGCAGUGGAGUGGGGAGGAGGUUUUUGGAGAAAAAGAGAAGAAAGCGGGGUCGAAAUAGAAGAAAUGACGCUGAAAGUGGCAGACAAGCAGAGCUGGAAAAAAGUGUGUGGGGGGGUUAGAGUAGAAGUAAGUUAGAAAGAUGAAAGAGGUGAGAUUGGGAGAAGUGUGGUUAAAUUAGAGCAGAGAGCUAUUGACAAAGGUAGAAAUGAAGCAAGAGAGCCUGAUAUCACCGAGAUUUGCUGAUAAGAGAUAAGAUAUGAGCAAAGCUAAAUGCACAGCAUCUGAAUACUGGCUUGGUGGUAAUCUUCUCACUUUAUCACCCUCAGUUAUAUUUUGACAUAGAGACUUGUGCUUAAUGUACCACUGGAAACCCAUCCACGUGUGUCAUUGUCAGUACACAACGUAGCCUUUCAUGAUGAGCUCGCAGACACACGUUACAAUGAGUUUGAGUAAUCUGACAACAAGAAAAGAGGCACUGUGUGAUCCUUAUUUUGUAAACAGUUAAGAGUGAACCCCCAAAAAAUACCCCACAGCCUUAACUUAAUGCUGAAGGAUGUGUCUAUCCACAACUCGAAGCAGGAUUUCUUUUAGUGUUGCUCUUUUGAAUUCAAAGUAAACAUUCUGCAGAUUUUUUUUUUUCCAUUUGCCUCAUCCAAUGUACACAGAAGACCACAUAGUGCAAAGUGACACAGCCUAUACUUACUGAAACCCGCUGUCCCCUUUCACACAGCAUGUAAUUGAUCACAGCUAGCUCUUACUUUCCACUCCAGUUCAACAGCUUGUAAUAAAAGCACAUCUAAAAUAGAAAACCCAAACAAUCUUCUACCAACUGCGUCAAGGCUCAUCAGCAUUUUGAAAGUAAUACUAUGAUGAUAAUUACACAGAAAGAACUGUUUAGUAUGAACUGAGAUAGCCGUGCAAGAUAACAUACUCUUCUGCUGUGUUGCCUGAGGUCCCUGUUAAUAACAAGUUUAGAUGACAACCACCAUCGUCUGCUGUAUUUGCAGAUGUCCUCACUGCUUCAUCUUAAGAUACAGAUACAUCUUUCCUUUGAGACUGUGUUUCUAUCUGCACAACAACCCUGUGUUCUUCAUGCAAUGAAUUAUGCAGUCAGUUUGUCAAUGGCUUGUGUCAGAAAGGGCUGUGGUUAUCGCACGUUGCAAUCAAGCUCGAGUUUUCUGAAGUUACAGCAAUUGCUUGUUACUUUUGUUUUUCCAGACCACUCAAACAAAGCUACUAGUGAGCUACUCUGAAUGUAAAGAUCAACACUGCACGCAGCUUUGCACCUGUUCUAAUCGGUUAAGUGUUCAAUAGAUAAAUGGAUGAAAAAUCUUACUGAACAAUCACAAUGUGUUUUCUUGAGUCUCUGCGGGCCACUCUCAUCUGUUAAAUGUAUUCUCUCUUAAUUUUGGUUCAAAAAAGUAUCCCUGUGUUUCCAUCAUGAAAGGUUUUAUGUCGUGCAGCAUUCUCAGAAAAAUAAUACAAACAUGCUGACUGGUUAAGAUCUACGGAAGACAAGAACGACCAUGGAUUUGUCUUUUUUUUACUCAUUCAUUGCCAAAGACGGAUUUGGACAAUUUUUUUUUAAUCUGCCAUGAGUGCCAUCGACAGAUUUUGACGAAUAUUUCGUUUGUUUUUUUUUUGCCAGAGUGCUCCUCUCCAAAAUGAGAAUAAGUUUGGGGUCGUUCUGAACACAGAGAAGCCAACAAAUACGUCAUAACCAUGUUACAAUAACAAAAACAAUAUGCGACUGUGAGAAAUGUGCCAGCAAGUGUGCCAAUUAGCCUAGUUGUGGCGUGUUUUUUCCCUAUGAGGAGAGGAGGAAAAUGCCAAAGUCUGAGUUAAGAGCAAACGGUCUCGGCGCAUCAGCUGCCAUGGGCGUGGUGCUACCGUCUCUAGAUCCAGUGAAGAUCCUGGUACCAGACCUUUACAUUGUCAGCCGACAAUCAAAGAAAGAAUUUCCCUGCGUGUCGUUGUGCCGCCGGUGAUCGAGACUGAGCUGGAAUUCAGCGACAGUCCCGGCGAGGAGGAAGCGAGCAAUCCGUGUGGUUUAUAUUGCAGCAUCAGGUUCUCGAGAGCCAAUACAACUCCCAGCUUGUCACAAAGUUCAUUUGAGAUAUUGCAGUUAAUUCUAGUCCAAGCACAAGAUAUUCUGUGGGUCCUAAAGAUAUGGACAUUGCAUAACUGAACCUGGCACUGAAUGAGUUAAUAUAUCUUGUUAUCUUGUGAUAACAACUUGUAUCUCAAUAUAACGGUUUGUUUUCUUGUGAUGACAUUUUCUUCGUUAUCUCAACAUAACAAAAAUCGUUUUCUUGUGAUAACGCAAAUGUUGUUUUAGCUGACCUAAUAUGGUAACUUUUAAAAAUGCCUUCCAGAGUGGGAUAUUUCUACAAUGCAUCAGCCACCGUUGUCAACAGCAAGCCGGGGGUUUCAAUGAGAAUGCCAACAGCAUGUUCCACUUUGAGCAUGCACAUUACACUUUUAAAGUGGGAAUAUUAACUGCCACGCGCGAAUUGGACAACAGCAGCAACUGUGACAGGCACAUUAUUAAUUCAUUAUCACGAGACAAUGAUCUUUAUGUUGAGCUAAUGAGACAAUAAGUAAUUGCGAGAUAACAGUGUAUAACAAAAAGAAAAAUCCAUGACCAUUCUUGUCUUCUGUAAAGAUCACCAUCUACAAUCAAUGAGAUGAUCUUUAAACACAACACAUGCUCUGCUGCAGGAGGUCAUAGAGAGAGAGAGAGAGAGAGAGAGAGAGAGAGAGAGAGAGAGAGAGAGAGAGAGAGAGAGAGAGAGAGAGAGAGAGAGAGAGAGAGAGAGAGAGAGAGAGAGAGAGAGAGAGAGAGAGAGAGAGAGAGAGAGAGAGAGAGAGAGAGAGAGAGAGAGAGAGAGAGAGAGAGAGAGAGAGAGAGAGAGAGAGAGAGAGAGAGAGAGAGAGAGAGAGAGAGAGAGAGAGAGAGAGAGAGAGAGAGAGGUCCUACAAUAAUGUGCUAUUUCAGCUCAAGUUCUUUUCUAAGUAUGUUGUUGUGCACCAAGGAGAAGGAAACAACAGUAUGAGAGACUUAAAACUUGGCGAACUAAGUUUCAAAGUGAGCAUAGACCACAAACUAACGGUGAUGGGAGCAGAGAGGAGGGUUACAAACAGAGGGUAGUGUUAUGCCAGAGGCAGGGAAGGUAGACACCACUCUGUCAGCUGUUCCUUCACUCCCUGCUCCGACCAUGACUGUCUGGGUCAGGAGUGAUUUGGCCAAUUUCACUGACAGUGGUUAAGUUGCAUAACAGCCUGCGCAGGUGCCAGCUGAGAUGUUGCAGUGAGCUGGGGUUUCAUAAAUUGAUAUGAGCUGUGAGAACACUUGCGUCACUGACUGUGUUGACUUUAAAUGCCUCAAACAUAAAAGGUGAAGACAGGCAUUAAAAAAGUGAGACAUGGGUAAAUAGUGAGAGUAGUCUGAGCGUGUAUAGGAGUUUGGUGCACUAAAGAGAAGAAAGCCUUUAAAUCAAAUUGUUUUGAUGGUUUAUAAGCCAUAAGUGAUGGAUGAUGACAGUCGUUGAGCCAUCUCAAUCUUAAAUCAAUGCUAAAAUCCACUUUUGGACGACCUUGUCAGUGGGUUUUGCGUUUCUAAUUGCACUCAGAUAUUCAUGACCAACAUUGCACCAAAGCAAAAAAGUGCAGUGCAAAACUGUUGCCAGGGGGUGUUUUAAAUCAUUUAGGAUGGACUGGUAGAUCUCUCUACUGCAUCCCCUUACUCAAUCUCUAUCUGCUGGAGUGUCUGCCAGCAGGUUCUUGGCCUAUCCUUGAUCCAGCCAGGAGUCAGCGGGGGCACAGCCAGAGAGCGGGUUCACCACUGAUUAAUGGUACCCCACUUAAUAGAAGCCCACAGGGGUCAGGGAGAGAAUAAAGAGUCAGGGAAUGGACACAGUGAGGUCCUAAGAGCUGUGUUCCUGAAUUGCAGAUUUGCAUUUAAUCAGGUCAGUCAACUGGAGACAACAUCCCAUCCAUCUCUCUUAGUUUCGCUCUUCAGCCCUGUAUUAAUUGGAUAGAGUAGCAGAGUAUUUAUGGCGUGCGAGUUUCUUCUUGGCUGUGCUUGUGCGCAUUGACACAAAAAGGAGGAAGUAAUUAAAGAAAAUAUACCACAUUACAUAAAACUUAUGUUGUUAUGGUGCCUAAAUGGAAUCCUUUAAGUACUUUUGAUUUAGCUGUUACACACGGGACCUUUAGGUUUUAUCUGUUUCUGCUUUAGUGACUCAUGAUAGAUAGAAAGGUGGAGUAGGAACAGCUGCAGAUAAAUGCAUCUAUACAUAAAUAAUGGUUUUUAUUUUGGCUCCUCGAAGAAAAAAUUGAAGAGAAAUCUUUACAAAAGGUAUAAGGUGCCGGUUUGGCCUAAUGGUUGUGUCAUGUGUCCCAUGGGCAGAGGCUUUCAUCUGGGUUCAAUUCCAACUCACAGCCCUUUACCACAUGCCAUUCAUCACUGACACUUUAGUUUUGUAAGAUAUGUUACAUGAAAAUAAAAUACUGAGUAAAUUAGACAAACAUAAGGGAAAGACAAAUGCUAAAUGAACUAAACAGUUGAAAAAAUUGUAUAAAUCGCGAUAUAUUGCAUGGCAAUACUCACUGUAUUGCAAAAUGUUAAAAUCGCAAUGGUAUUGUGUCGUAGCCCAAGUACCAUGAUAAUAUCGUAUGGUGGGGCCACUGGUGAAUCCCACCCCUACGUCUAGUACUCUAAAAAGCCCAAAAGUGACACUUGAGUAGAUGGUCAAUGCCUGUAAAACAAGUAAGUUGUUUCAAAUGCAUCUCAUCUCUUAUGUCCAGUUUCCUGAAACAAAUCUGGUUUCCCAAGUCACCAAAUAAAAGCAAAGCGUGUAUUGCAGGUUGACUGUACGUCCUAUUUUACCCGGGCAUGUCCUCUUUUUGGGGGGGCUGUCUGGCUUUGUCCGGGCAAGUUUAUAAAAUCCAUCAAAUGUCCACGGUUUUGUACGGAAGUUUUGAGCUCAUGUCACGUGGACUUACUGAGUUAGAAAUGUGUAAAAGACACUUGAACCGAGUGUUGAGGGUCAAACGCCUGUGAAUAUUUUUAGCAAAACAUGAAAUAAUGUUGUGGCUGCACGCUCAGUCCUAAAACGUCCUUGUUUAAAGGUUAAAGUAAAACACUUUUUGUUAUUGAUCUUGAAAGUGUUUGAAGCUUUGGUGAGUAGAGGCAAGGUGGUAAUUUUAUUGUGUUCAUAACAAGGAGACUAAUAUAACAUUAAAGGUGAUGUAGCAUUGAGAAAAAAAAAAGUAUGUUUCAGCGAUAAUGGAGAGCAUGUAAAAAAAAAUGUGGCACAAGACACACAGGACUUUUUUUUUUCAGGUCUUUUUUCAAAUUUAUUAAAACAGCCAUUUAAAUUUCUAACAAUGCUUUCACCGCUUUCAUUUGACAAUAGAUGUUCCUUUUUUCAGCAUGAACAAAGAGCUGGGGCUUUUUCAGGUAACAAUGGGUCCACUGUGAACACACAGUAGGACAGAAAAGGGAAACAAUGCAGGCACAUGCACAUUUACAUCAUCCUAGUGACUACAGAAUUUCACUUCUGUAAAUAACACAACAUCUUAUAGAAUAACACAAUGGAAACACAAUGGGGUUUCUGAACAAACAUUUAACAUGAAUGCUGUAUGCAGUAGAGGGACACCUGGGGACUAAAAGUACUCAACAAAGCAAAUGUUCACUCCAUGUUGCAUCAAUGGUUGCUUUAUGUCCAAUACCUGUAGGACCUGAUCUGUAUCAACUUUUAAUGUUUCCCUGAGUCUUUACAUAAAGCAUUAAACCAUAACACUGUUUUCAUUCUGAAACACUUUGAGUAAACAAUAAUAGUCACAAUAUCUGAGUGAAGAUACUUGAGUGUAUCUAAAAGCAAAGACAAGAAUGCUGCUGACAUUUUAUUACAAGUAGUUUAAGCCAGUAACCAGAAAACAUUGAGGCAUCUUACAGUCUUACAGGAAAAUACACCUAGUAACUGUGUUUCUGGUAGAAAGAGAGGAUGAUUACCACAGUUAUAUAGUAUUUCCUGUCAAUGCAAAUCUAAAGCUAGCAGAGCCACGGGGAAACAGGAGGUGACCAGACUUUAACCAAUAAACAACUUUAAGUAUCAGUCUUAAUUAACACUCAUUAAAUGUUGCAAAUUGUAUCCUCCAGGUAUUAUGUGCAGGUUAAUUUUUCAUUGGCCAUGAGAUAGGGAUGGGCAAUAAAUUAUCGUUCAUGAUUUAUCGUCAGAUAAAUCCUCCACAAUUAUUUGCCAACUCACGAUAAAUGCGAUAAAUGCAAGUUGAUGACGUAAGUGUGAGCAAAGGAUUUACAAUUUAAGCCCACACAGAGCAGAAUAACAAGUAAACAUGGCUGAAAGAGGUGAAGAUUGGGACUUAAGGUUAACGUUUUUGUCGUGCGAUUAUUUCGGACAUCAAUAUUUUUUUUCAAGCGUUUACAUCAGCAAUGUUUUCUCGUCCUGCAAUACUGCGGCAUUUAUUUUUUUCGGAUCGUGGUCGAUUUUUCUAAAGUUUUGCAUACUGUGUGUCCACUUCUGACCAAUCAGAUUGCUUGUUGUUGCGACGUCUGAUUCACUGGUAUAUCCAACAUGGCCGACCGGCUGAUUGUUUACAUGUCGGAGAACAGAGUGCUCUUUGAUAAAAAACACAAAUAUUACAAAUAUAAGAACCUGAAGGACAACUUGUGGAGAGUCAUAGCGUCGGAUUUCUCAUAUGACGAUAGUUUGUGUGCCAUAACAGUUUGCUAAACGUCUUUGUUUUAACUUUCAUCUGUGCCAAAUAACUUUAGCUUGUAAGCUAACCUGUUCAGAUACAACAUACCAUAUGUAUUUUCACUGUCUCAAACUCAAUUGCAUUGCUGUCACAGCACCAUUAGGUCUCAGUUGUUACCUUACGUUUAUGGAUUAUAGUUUAAUGUGGUUAUCUGGUACUGGCCCCGACUCAGUACAUGCAGUCAUGACAGACAGUCAUCUCAACACUAGUGUCUAAUCAGAAUUCAAAAAAGUCAGUCUGCUGUUGUGUCAAUCCUCUCGCUUCCACCUGGGAUGCGUCUUUUUCCCCCGGAAAGUCACAAAAUCGCAUCGGGCUUGAUGUGUAUAGUUAGGUGUGUCAAAAUUCUCCUCCAAAUAUUUUGUAAUUUCGGGUUCUAUAUUCGCGUCGGCCCCAGUGUGUAAGGACCUUUAGAUGAGUGCAGUCAGGUAUACCUGACAUCGGACAGAAAAUCUGCUGCUGUUCACGCUGUGCGAUCAGAGUCUUGAAUAAAUGUUGAAAGUUUUUUCACAUUUCAGACUUAUUUGAUGUCACUAGUUUCCUCUAUAACCUACCACUUAAACUUGUGGUUAAGUAUCUUAUUUGACUAUGCCUACUGGUAAGUGCCAUCCAAGAACAAUGUUUGUGGGUUUCUCAAGUCAGAGUGAGUCAAAAACAUGAAUUGGAAUUUUAGUAUUUUUUUAUCACAACUUUUAUUGUUAUCCCCAGGAUGGCAAAAAGCAACAUAAGGUUGUCGAAACUACCUUAGUAGCCUUUAAUUUAGAAACAACUUCCAAUGCAAACCUUAGAAAGAUAUACGUUUUCUCAGAUGUAGGUUAAACAUUUAUCUAUUACUAGAUAAUUGCAAGCUCUGUGAAGCAAGUUCAUAAGAGGAAACUGUUAAGCCACAGACCGUGGCAAACAAGAUUUCCUCCAUUCCGUACAAGGUCAAAGUGGGGAGGGGAAAAAGUGACCAUGGUCUUUUAAUCCUGAGAGAAGAAAACACACACACGCACACACACACACAAUUUGUUGAUGCUCAUGCAUGUUAAGAGAUGCUUACAUAAAGAAGUCACCUUUCAUGAGUUGUGCUCUGUGACCCUCUGGGUCUCAGUGGAUGUUUCUGACUUGAGUAGGUUACAGUCACCCUCCUCACAGGCCUGUACCUGUUCUCAAUUCAGUGCUUUUAGAUAUGAGGCUGCCCUUAUAUUUAGUAUAGAAAAGUCUUACGGGAUCUGUGUUUGACGAAGUUCUCUUUUUCUUUUCUUAAGUCUCAUAUUUUCAGGAGGAGUAAACGGCGAACAACACAAGAGGUACUAUUUUUCUUUAAGCCACAGCAUCAUGAUUUCAUUUUUCAUUCUCAUACCCUCAAACAUUCAUGAUCACAGCCUCCAUCAUCAUUUACCACUCAUGUAUAGUUUUCACUCCAAAUGCAGUGCUACUAGAUGGCGCAGUCAUUAUAAACAUCUCUCACCAUAUUGUAAAGUGGAUUUUGGGGUGUUGGUAGCAGAAAUGGGAUUGUCAUCAGAGAGGGCCAUCAAAAAACAGAAAAAAAACAUAGGCAACUGGAUAUUACGAUGUCGAUUAUUUAGCCAUUUAUCCUGUGCCCCACAGUCAGUGAAAUCCUGAGUCCACAUGACAGCGGUUUUUGGAAAGAAAACAAGUAACUGUUUUACAGGAAAAAGCUCGGCUAGCUCAGGAAAAAAAAUAAAGUUUUGUCUCAACUAUCAAGUUACAAAUGUUGGAAAACGGAAUCAAAAUUGAUGUCUCUUUUUUUAUUUGCUCUUGACAAAUGUGAGGAUGAGUGAGCGAGUGUAGAGAAGGGACAUAAAGUGUGUUCAUCCAGCCUCUUCAACAACAGUUAACAUUUGACAUUAGGUGUUGUCAUUGUGUUCUUCUCUCUCUUAUACUGUACAGAAGAGCAACAGUCAUACUACUCGACUGUGGUCAAUAACUGGAGUUAGAAAUGACGCUAAUGAGGUUUCCUUGGCUGGAGAGUUUGGUAAAUGUUCCCAUUAUGGAGUCAUUUAGAGGAAACUGUGACUGGUGGCAAAAGACCCUUCUUUAAAAUGAUGGUAAUGUCACUGAGAUCAACUGCAAAUGCAGUUUUAUUUUCCAUGGUGCAGUUCAGGAUUAGUUGGUUUGGAUCCUGUGGGACUCUAUGAAAUGUCAAGGGUGUGAAGUAUAUGAAAUGAGGCAUACAUGUUAGAACCAGAGCUUAAAGAAGCCAAGGUUGUAAUUUGUUAUGAGAAGAAGGUCUGCAAAAGUUUUUUUGGUUCCCAGUAUGCACGUGGUUGAGCAGAGAGCAUCUGAAAACACCCAGCUUUGAUCUGCUCUGAUUUUUGUUAUUGCCACACACUAUGGACUUUUGGAAGGACGAUGAAGCUGGAAGCCAGCUGUACUCCCACUUGUACAAGGGGUCAGAGUGGAGGUUGAGUCACAGGGCAGUGUUCCUGAAAAUUGUUAGAAUUCGGUUCCCUGUUCAAGGACAUUUAAGCGUCACCGCAGGGUUUGAUGUGUAGAGCUGUUAUUAAAGGGCAGCCUGGAUGAUCACAGGCUUACUCUGUUCCCCUCUGAAUAUGGAGUUACUAGUAGAAUGAUUUCUUCCCAUAUGACUGAACUUGGGUUCACCGAUUUCAACUUUCUGAGUUGCAAUAAAGAUGAAACUGCUCACCAAGUUGAACUCUCAGAUUCACCGCCCCAGAUAUUUAAGUUUUAGCUCUCUCUAAGCAAAGGUUACACUCCAGCACAGCAGCUUUUUUGGAUGGCAAUAAUAUUGAGCUGUUCUUCCCUUAACAUCAUGUUUGAAGGGAACAGUUUUCAUUCAAGAUAAUGUCUUCUCUCUGUCCCUGAAAUGCUCAUCCUGGCAGCUUUCCUGCAUAACUUAUAGAGGACAUGUAGAAAUUAGUGGCAGAUUGACUGUGGUCACAUCCAAUGAGUGGUAGAAAGCAUGCAGCACUGAAAGCUCUCAGUAGCUGCGUCAGCUUUCGGCCUGAAUGCAAUGAAAUGCAAAAACUCAAGAUAGAGCUGAGGGUGUACUAUAAAGGCAAGAUUAGAGGGGCAAAAAUUAAGUUCUUUUUUUUUUUCCCUUGAGUCAUUGUCACAUAACUGGCUCUUUUUGUACCUGACAUAACCACAGCAAAGCUAAGCUGGUUUGGAGCAGGUUAUGCUAAGAGUUUCCUGCUCUAAAUAGGAUAAUGAGCACCGUCUUUUCAGCACUGACGGCAUGAAGAUGCUCUGUGAAGGCGUUUGAGAUUCUCCAUCUACUCAGCUAAAAUAAUGUGUAUAAAGGAACAUUUGAAACAGUAAUUUUACUUUAAUAAGGCCACAGUAAAAGCAGUCAGAGUAGUACAUACUGCAUCACAUCACAGAUUCUGGUGAUCAGUCAAAAUGAUCACUAAAUUCCAGCAAAACACAAGUACACAAGCAAAAGAACAGUCACAGAGUCUGAGGACACUGGAUUAUGUUUUCAAGUUGGCUCCUUAUAUCCAGCUAAAUCAACUUGUGUCAGUCUUGAUAUAACAGUGUGCUAGUUAGAAGCUGUAAAGUCCUAUUCGACUGGUUGCCUUAUUGGUCGAUAUGUGUUGAGGGGACCAAAAUUCUGAUUGGUAAACUAAAAUUUUUUCCGCGUCAAUUUACAGUCUAUGUAAAUUGACACGGAGUGCUAAUGGGGGUGUUUUCAGAGCACCUCCGAUUCACAGGUAACAACCUGUCUCAGAACACCCCCCUUGUUUUCACCAUUUUGGAAUUUUGGAUUCGCCCCCCACUGGAGACUGGCUGGAGACAGAAAGAUUGAAGAACGUCCGUGUAAAUCAACCUCCAGUGGUUUGCUAAACAUUUAUUUUUAUUUUGAGAGUUUCAACUUACAUCGUGUUUAAUUGCCUUCUUGUGCUGAUAUCAGUAGGCCAAUAUUUUCACCCCGCCGAGCUGCGUCGUCCCCCGCCGCGGAAGGGUUUGCCAUCAGAGUUUGCCCCCGUUAGUUGAUUUUUGGUUAAAAAUUUCAGGGGUUUAGUCGACCAGGAAUUUUCUUUGGUUGACUUUUCUUAUUCUUUGCUAAAUGCUGCAUCACAAGAGAAGAGAUGUUCGUCUCCCUGCUCUCUUAUUCAUCUAAUGCAAAGUAGAAGCUUCCAAUCCCUGUGAUUUUUUAAUUACAUUGUCCACAUCGAUGGAAUAAUUUCAAUGUAAUUGCUACCUCUUAAGUGGAGUGCUUGUAUUUCAUUCAUGUGACACCCAUGAAGAGAGUUGUGCAGUAAAGUGGAGUCUUAUCUGAUGGGUUUGACAUCUGUAGGCAGUGACCCAGGCAGCAAAAGGCAGCCGAUUUCAUCAGCCAUUCAAUCCCUUGCACUAUUCAAUUUUUCUCCCAGAUAGUGGAGUGAUGGCAGGCUCGAGCAUGUAAACUGGCAUGAUGUGAACACACACGAGCAAAUCAAGUGCUUCACCUUUUAUUCUCCCUCCCCAUCAUUGUCUUCCCUGUCUUCCUUCACUGCACCUUCCAUUUCUCUACCUCUCCUCUUAUUCUUCUGUCCUUCAACAUUUUUCAGAUUUGUUCAACCUCUUUAUCCUCCUCCUCUCUCUGAUCCUCGUGUCUCUGUCUGCUGAGCAGAUGAGUUCUUAAUGAUUUAUUGACUACUGUGUGGCUUUUCUUCAAAAAGGGAGACAUCGUCACUGUCCCAGAAAAUCUUUAUCUGAACUUUCAGCUUUUAUGAUUGGAGCGUGAGAGUUUUGUGGCCCUGUCAACAGAAGGCCUGUGUUCACUCGAGUCAGUCUUUUAUGGACUCUGAUAAGCUGUGUUGAGGAACUCUGUCACAGUUUAGUGUAGUAAUGUCACAGUGUAGUCAAUAUUAGUGUAUUUUUUCGUGUUAAAGAUGUUAAAACGAAAUGCUCUUCAUUUCCAUACAUUGGUGAGGUUGGAAGAUAGGUAUUUAUGUGUACAAAUUUGUAUACAGAGAAAGUAUGAAAACAAACCAUUGUUUUUAGCUGCAAUUCACCAGCUUAUUAUGAGUUUGGGUUUAAGUCUAUGAGACUGAUUAGUGUUCAGUUCAGUUGAGCAUAGCAUUCAGAUAUGAGCAUGAGAUUCAAGUAGUAGAGAGACAUUGAUUUUGGAGGGGUAUAAAUUGAUAAAUAAUCAAUGUUGUGUCCAAAAAAAGCUGAAAAUAUAAUAAAUCAGAACUUUUCAUAGACUGGCUGAGAAUAAUCUGUUUAAAUGCAUGAAAAUGGUGAGACUGCUUCACUGAACAAUAUCAAGGAGAUAUGGUUUGUUUAAGCCGACAGAAGAUUCUUUAAAUAGUAAUAGUAAGAGAAAUUUGCUUCUAAAGUUUCGUUUUUUGCAAUCAGAAGGGACAGAUAUUUUCUUGAUUCUAUAUAGUUUUUCUCAUAGAAAGAAAAAAAUGAAAUUGUCUUUUUUCCUCUGGCCUUUCUGUUGAGUUUUUGGAUCUUUGUGUUAAAUAUAACCAGAAUACAAAGGAAAAGAAGGAAAGAUAACUAACAACAGGUUUUGGGACGUUCUCUGGAUAACACUGUUACCCAGCUCCAUUUCACACUUGAUAUAUUGGUAAAAAAGUUCAUUGCAAGGUUGUGAAGGUGAUUGAUUGUCAACAACAAAGUCAAUCGCCUGAUCCUACCAAAUCCAAACCAAAUUAAUCGGCAGUUUUCACCUCUGUCUGUUGACAGUUAAGUAAAAGUACCAGUGUCCACUGGCAUUUUUAAAUAUUGCAUUUAUGCAGGAUAUUUUUUUAUACAAAUCGCAACUUAAAACUUUAGGUUUGUGGCUAACCUGUCACCAUCUUGAAAAAAAUUGGGAAAGUUGGAGAACAGCACAGAGACACUGAAAAAACUGAUGAAAACAUUAACAAUGCAAAUGACAGAACCAGGUAUGGGUUUUGGCAGUGCUAAAGAACAGGGUUGAUAAAGUCAUAGGUUACGUUUCUUACCUUUUCUUAACUUUGGACGAGUCAUGAAUAUCAGUUCAGAUGACCAAAUAUUACUCGUUUUGUUGCAUCCUGAAAUCGAUGAAAGUUGAUGUCAGCUGAUACGGUGUAGUUCUGUUUAGCAGAUACCUUAAUGUCUUGAACAAACUUCUUUGCAAGGGUUGAGUGUAUUAUUAUUUUUUAUUUUUUUGCAUUCUCUGUUUUUACUCCUAUGCAUAUAAUCCUCUGACUGUAGAGUGUGACAAAACAACACAAAAAAAACACUUGUUAAGAAAGGGAUAGAUCACAAUCAUCUCUGAAAAAGCUGAUCUAGAUUCAUUUAAGAGGAAAGAAGGACCACCAUAUUGAUGCAAAAGAUUACCUCAAAGCAACUCUCAGCAGGGCCUUUACUUUUAAGCACGUUUCUGUUCUCCGUGUCUCCGCCACGUUUUUUAUUCGUCCCCUGUGUUGAUUCACAUCCUCUCAUGUCUCAUUUAAUUUCUUCACACACUUCCUCUAUCACCACAUCUUUCUUUAUGCCUCACUUUCUCGCACAAACAAUUCAUCCUGUUUACUUUCUCCACACAUCCCAAUUAUGAUUUAUUGCUAUCACUCAUCACUACUCGUCUGUCUUUUCAGAGCUCUGGCUCUAUAAUCCUCCCUCUUAUACCUCCUCCAUUUCACACUCACUCUCUCCAGCUCUAUUCAGUUUUGAUCAGGUUCUCCAUCCGCACAUCUCUGAAUCCACUUGUUUCUUCCUUUGCUUUUCCUAAUUAUUUCUAUAAAUGUCCUUUGAGUCACAGAUUGCUCUGAAUGCUCUGACCCUUUUUUGUUAUUUCCAAAGUGUGGCCUGUUAAUACAUCACCAUUUAUUUGUUUAAGUGGCCUGUGAGUCAGAGCCCUUGAGAACUGAUGCAGGAAGGAAACUGGGGAAUUCAGACUCUCAUACCGUUCAUUUGAAUAAGUUAUUAUUUUAUUUGUUUAUUUAUUUGGGGCUUUUAGUAACUCUGAGAGUUUGCUAUGAAUGACUGCCUUGAGGUUUCUUUGUGUGUUGCCAUUGUUUAUUGUUGGACCGUCGAAAUGAGAAGCGAGAACGCAGCUGGUGUGACGAAUUGUUAUCUGUGAUCAUUGCUUUCAGAUAUUUGUUUAAAAAGUUCAUCAGAUAAUCAUUGAUGUUGUUUUCGGAUUGCACUGAGGCGAGUUGCCUUUUGUCUCUCGCUCUGCCCAAGAACGAUUUCCCAAAAACAGUCGUAGUCUGGGUGUGAAAUUAAACUUUCAAUCCAAGGAUUUCUCAAAUCCUAAACUGAAAAUAAUUCAGGUGAAAUCUAUGAAGGUUUAGGAUGACUGCUUUUACCACGAUCAUUACACAUCUCAUUAGUCAUUUCCAUUGUCUCAUUUAAUUCACAACCCUUUUAAACAGCUGGGCAGGGAUAAAAACAUCAGCUACUUCUCUUAAUGAAGGAAAAUAAACUUUUAAAAAACACACAAAGAAAAAUAAACUAUAUUGAACUUUUCCCAAACAUGAAGACCUCUUUCCAAAGAUUUCUUUGCCAGUGAAGAACCAUCAAAGAGACUUUUAUUUGCUGUCUUCGUUUAGUCCUAAUAAAAGGUUUUCUAUUCCUGGUUGACAAUAGUAUUUGCUGCUGACAUUAGCGGUUCGUUCCAAAGUAAAACUGCAGAUUAAGUGGGUGUUUCUGAAACACUCAGACAAUAUUUUGACUUGGUACCACUUGAGCCUGUCAACUCUCCAAGCCUCCCUGGCAGGUAAAUAACCCUAAAUUGAAGUUUGUUCUCUCCUCUUGAAAAUCAUUCCAGCUGGUAAAAUGGUUUUAGUGGAAUUGACCGCCCACUGAGUCGGGUGUACAGAGUGUCUGAAUGUUUUUUUUCCCUGAUGUCCACCUCCUGUUAAUGACCAGCUCCAUCUCAUCCAACCAUGCUUUCAUUAUGAACUAUUUUGUGAUCGUUUUCAGCUUCUUGCUUUUCUCUGACCUUUCUGCUUGUACAGAUGACUCAGUACACUCUCAGUAUUUGAGCGUGUACUAAGAGUGCGUGUCUUCAUUUUUUUCUGUGUUUUCAUGUGUGUGUCUGUAUGUGUCUGUGUGUGUGUGUGUUGGUAGGAAGAGGUGGAGGCAGAAAACAGAAGGAACACUCGGACCAAACUGACGCCAAAGCUGACUCCACACCAAGAGGAGGUGAGAACCAGACAGAAACAGACAAACACGCAGAGAAGUGCAGACACAUGCACAACCACCACGGUGUGCAGUUAUACAUCCCUAUAUGUGUUACCAUAAGCUGUUAUUUUGACACCUCGAUGUGGCAAAAUGAUGAUUGGGGAGGAUUAAUAUGUCUCUGCGCACAUGAAGUCCUCAUUUAUACGACAUACGUAAACAUUUUGAAUGAGAGUCUUUUAUUUUUAGAGCCACGCUCUGUGAGACUCUUUCCUCUUUCACAAAUCCACUGGGCUGCAUGUGUGGAUGAUGUUAUUUUUCAUCCUGACGUAAUCCAUGUGUUAUAAUAAAGUUGUUAAGAUGACUCUCUACAAAGAUAAUUUUUUUGGAAUGUUUUUCAGCAUCAGCCUUGACCGAGUUAAAAUCUGGUUUUAUCUGAAUAGUGUGUUGUUUAUCACAGGUUACUCUGGUAUUCAGGAGGUUAAUGGAGGAACAUUUUUCUACUGGACAGAGAAAAAUGUUCUGUUGAUGUAAGGUCUCAAUGAAAACUGUGAGCUUACUGUCUCAUAAAGAUGAGCUCAAGGAGUAACCUUAUGUAAAGUAUAAUAAUUUGACAAAAGGGAAAAGACCUGUCUGUGCAGAGUAAUGUUCAGGAAUAUUACCAUUACCUUUAGAGAUCAGCAGGUUUGAUUCUACUCCAGAGGGACAGGGUUUGUUUGUUUGUUUUGUUAGGUCGGUGAAACUGAGAAUGAGAUCAAUUUUUUGUUUAACUGUCCCAUCUAUGAAGAUGACUUUGGGGAUGUACUUUUUCGCCAAAUGUCAAUAAACGUUAAUUUUUUUCUGUAUGAUAAUAUGAUAAAAAAAAAGAAAAACUUAAACUGCUUGGGAAGAGGAAACUCAUCUUGUAGAAAGAGACAGCAGCUAAAAUGAAUGUUUCAGACAGAGGCUGAAAUAAUGAUAUUAAAAAAAAAACGGAAUGAGACGCACAAAGCUUCUUCUUCAUUUUUUUUUUUUUUAAUAAAAAAAUCAUGUGAAAGUAUUAGAGGAUGUAUACGGUAUAAAAAUGCACAAUACCCCCUCUUUAAAGAAAGCUACAUUUUUUUUUAUUUAAUUUUCCUUUUUCUCUUUCUUUUUCUUUCUUCUCUCUUUCUUUUUUCUUAUAUUCUUUUUUCUUUGUCUUUUUUCUUUUAUUCUCUCGUUCUUUCUUUUUCUUUUCUCUUUCUUUUCUCUUUCUUUUUUCUUUCUCCUCCAUCUUUCUUUUUUCUUUUUCUGUUUCGUCUGUAUUUUUUUCUCUUCUCUGUCCAUCUUUCUUUCUUUCUUUCUCUCUUUCUGUCUGUCUCUAUGUCUCUCUCAAAUAUACUGUUUAAUGUGACAAAGUAAGAACAGUUCACUGUUUUCUGUCAUCAGGCCUCUUCCCUUGCGAGGCGCCAUGACUCCCAGAGCAGCAUCCGCAGCAGAAAAGAGGGAACGCUGCAGAAAAUUGGAGACUUCCUGCAGAGCUCCCCAACACUACUCGGCUCUAAAGGUUAGUGUGUCAGUGUACGGCAAUGUACUUUACGAGAUAUAUAUUUGUAAUUAUGUUUCACAGUGGGAGAAAAUUACAGGAGUAGUGGUUGGAAAUAUAUCUUUUCAAAAGACAUAAAGAGAAGUUAAGAUGUGAUGAGGCAGCAAAAUGAUACGCCAGGGGAGUGCUGACACAGCUUUUUACCAGUUAGAGCAGAACAAAUACCUUUUUUAGCUGAUGCUGUGUAUAGGAUGCAUAAAACAUGUUUAUAACUUCACCAAGAGCAUUACUGGUAAAUUUAUGUUUAACAGUGAUCAAAUCAAGAGUUUGGAAGUACACUGUUCAAGAUUGACUAAAGCAUUGGUUCCCAAACGCUGCACCACGGCACACUGGUGUGCCCUGAGGCAAAUCCGGGUGAGCCGGGGGAUUUUGUGAUAACCAUACAUUAUUAUUGCAAUAUACAACUGCACAACUUUUUUUUUAAUUUUUUAUUUAUUAUAUCAGUACUUUGCAUGCACUCAUUUCAUAACACAGAGGCAAACUCUAUACUUUAAAACCAAAAAAAAAAAAAUCCUCAAAGAAAACCUCAUUUUACUGUUUUCACUCUUACGCAGGCGGGAAUUAUAAAACAACAUGUCUUGUUUAAAUCAGUGUGUUGUUGCUUUCAUUUCACACAUUACACAUUUCAUGUGUAAUAUAGUUGUCUUUGUCACAUUUAAUAUGGUAUUAGUAUUUAAAUAUGCACAUUAAUUGAUAUUUUACAUGGUAUGAGAUGGUAUGAUGUCCUUUGGUGUGCCUUGAGGAAAAAAAGUUCGGGAGCCACUGGACUAAAGUAUAGUAAAAAAGAGUGUUUCACCCAAGUAAAAAAUAAAUUAAAUAACAGCAAUAAAGAACCUAGAAUAAGAGCAUUCCAUUUGUCAGCAAAAAUAUGACAUAAUAAAAAAAAAUGAUAAAAGGAUAAACCAAACUGCAGCAGAACUCUAUUUCAAAUCAGAGAGGGGUCAUAAAUGAAGUUUUUAUUUUUUAAAUGGGGGAAAAACACUAUAGACAAUACAACAUAAAAAAUGUUUUCUUGUUCUUAGUUCUUAGUUUCUUCAAUACACAGGGGACUUUGUAUUUAGAUCUUGCAAAAGUAUUGGUUUUGGGAUUAAUAGUUCCAGAAUAUCUUCAACUUUUUUGGACAGUCUGUCAGUGUAACAGCUGGGUCACAGCCACAGGCACUUGGAGCUGUUAAGCUUGGUGCAGCCUCUGAGGCGUUAUUAUCGCAGUACAGAUAAGAAGCCAAAGCUGGUAGCUGUUGUCUGUGGACUUGACCCAAGAUAAGGUCAGAGUCUGGAAAUUUGAUUUCCUCUAUUUUUCCAUAUUCGUCCACAAAUUCUAUUAAAACCUGGAAAGAAAUCAAUCCCAUGGUUAUGCCUGUUAUCAACGUGGUUUUAGGGGUCAGAUAACAGAGACAGUCCUAAGUGUGGGUGUUACUACACAGAUGUAUUUUUAGCAUAUGUAUUUAUUCAGGUAGAAGAGUUUUAAAUGUUUAGAUUCGAACCCCUCUGUACUACUGAGGGAGGUGGGCUAAACAGGAAGAUGUUUUGUGUGUUUUAGAGGAGAUGAGAAGAUGCAAUCUGUCUGCCAUGCUCCAUCUCUUACUCAAUAACACAUCAACCUUUUGUGUGUUUUUUCAGGACAAACAAAGACUUGUGUACAGAGCACAGUUGAUACAAAAACGGACAGGGACUCAGUGUACCGACUAGAUGUUAGCAAAGUUGUUCUGAUCUGUUGCGUCAGGCUGCAACAAGCCUUACAGAAUGGUCAUGGCUGCUCCCAGUCUUAAUAUGUCCGUUCACAAAGCCCUGAGUGUUGCCAGGUAACGCAUUUCUAUCAGCUCUCUUCACCCAUCAAAAUAUCUGCCGAGGGUAUGAACUACACUAUCCAAAAGAGAGGAAAAAACAUGGACAGUAAAAUCAGGAAAACUCAGACACGCGAAUGAAAGGAGUAAUUACUAUUCAUUCGCAUGUCUAGAAUAACGCAAAUUAAGCGAGUAGAUGAUUUUACUCACGCUUGGUGUGAGCGCUCCGUGAGGAUAACGGAGGCUUUUGUUAUAAAAACAACGAAAUCAUCAAUGUAUUUAAAAAGGACCCCCACCCCCCUUUCUCAAAAAAUAAAAGCAUCUAAAGUUCAGAGAUGAUCGACUCGCUUGCAGUCGUUGCCCGAAAUACAGCACACUGAAGUUGUGAUUUUUGUUUUUGAGUUUCAAACUGAGGACGUCGGCUAAGGACGUCAGACUUGUUUUACUCUUUGGCCAAACUACGUGAGAAUUAGAAUUUCUCAAUAAAGGGCCUAAAGAAAUGGCUGAGUCUUCAAAAGUUUUGUAAUCAAGGCCCUUAAUGAUGAAAGUCUGCAUCACUCCAUUGGUAACUGCCAUCGACAGAAAUUGCUUUACUGAUGCAACAUCCCUGAGGUCCUCUAAAUCUGUUUGGGUGAUCUUUUAGAUGAGUUUGAUGUUUCAGCUGUGAUCAAAAAGAAGUCCAAGGUUACAAGCUUUGGGUUUUUCAUCUAGACACACACACACACACACACACAACCAUAAACACACUGAGACUUCCUUACAUAUAUACGUGGUAUAUCUCCCACCCUGCUACCUGAUGUAUUAUCAUCAUUUCACCUCCAGUUAUUUACUGAUAGAGUCCGGGAGGCUAUCACAUGGUUCAGGGAUUUUUUAAAAGUUUUACAUCUAAAAACUGCUGAAACAUAUGGUAGGACAGACAAGGACACACCCCAGAGUUCCUGCUGGAGUCAUUUAAGGAAGGAUAACAUGAGCUUGACAAAGUACCCGAGCAAGGGCAGUGAGUUUGGGACACUAAUGAUGGCUUGGAGGAGAGAGUUAAGACAGGGAACAUAUUGGAAUCAACUGGAGUCAUCUGUGUGUUUUUUUUCCCUGGGGGACCAGCAGUUUCACUCGGUCAAUUAAUUGUCGCCCCAGGGUUUCAGUGCAAGGGUGCUGUCGUCUGCCACCAUCUGAUCCACCGUCCAUCUCCUCCUUUCUCUCCUUCUGCCUCUCCCUGUUCCAUUUUACUGUCUCUAGACUCUUCAUUCGGCUUUUUCAUUUUUUAUUUCACUUUUUAAGUUCUUCACUCUCUUUCUCUUUUGAUAAUUUCCCCCUUCGCCAUCACGUACUUCUUCUCUCCUUCCACUGCUCUUUCCCCACCUUCACUCUCUACAUCCACCUAAUUUAUCUUGCACUUUCUGUCCCAUCUCCUCCGCUUACUCCAGAUUUCAUCCCUUUUUUGUCUUUUGGCCUGCAGUCUGAUCUGAUCACGUGUUGGCCACAGAAACUCUUAGUUCCUUUUUUGUAUGCAUGCACUUUUAUUGAGAAGAAAUUCAAUGGUUGACAAAAGCAGCUAAUCUGUGAUUGGCCGGCCCCUAAAAGUCCACCAUUCAAGUCAGCAGUCAGGCAUCUCUAGGUUGACUGUCAGAUAUUUGGUUUGAAUUUAACACAUCGAAUUCUCACAUUAAAAUUGGCCAUAAGUGCUGUAGUUGUCAAAAAACCUCUUUACUUUGCAUCUGGCCUUGUCUCUCACUGUCUGACUAUUUAUUUGUGAACCACCAGCUAAGUAAACAAGAUGACACAUGGAAUUGAUUUCAAAAAGAGGGAAAGUGGUUUGAAUGAUUGAAAAAAUGAUGCUUGGCAGAUUUGUAUCAUCCAACUGAACAUUUCAAUUCAAAACUAAAGCUCUGAGAAAUCAUUUUUUUGUUUAUGAAAUGGAAAGAAAUUCAUAUUGAUGCCUUUCUGUAACAAGACCAUCAAUGACAAGAUUCAGUUUUAUAUCUUGACUUUUAAUGCUUUAAACUGGGGCUAAGAGUCAGCCAAGCAGCUGAAGACACGUGCCUGUUUUUAAGUUUUCAGAUUAAAUAACAUGAUGAAUGAUACAGUUUACUGUCAGAAGUCAGAAUAUGUCAUUUAUUGACAGAAAACGUGAUGAUUGCAGAACUCCGCUUUAAUAAAUCUGAUUGUACUUAGACUGUUCCUCGAUAUGGUGCCAAACAAUGUUGUUAUCUGGUGGCACAGUGGUGUAGUGGUUAGCACUGUCACCUCACAGCAAGAAGGUCCUGGGUUUGAAUUCAGGUCAGGGGGUUUCUGUGUGGAGUUUGCAUGUUCACCCUGUGUCUGCGUGGGUUUACUCUGGGUACUCCGGUUUCCUCUCACAUCCCAAAAACAUGCAGAAGUGGGGUUACGUUAAUUGGUCACUUUCACAUUGCCCGUAGGUGUGAAUGUGAGUGUGGGUGGUUGUUUUUCUCUAUAUGUCAGCCUAGCGAUGAACUGGCAACUUGUCCAGGAUGUCCCCUGGGAUAGGCUCCAAACCCCUGUGACCCCCCAAAGAGAUAAACAGUAGAAAAUGAAUGGAUGGAUGUUUUUAUCUGUAGAUAGAGCCCUGAGUUGCAUUUGCAUUGGAAUCAAAUCAGAAAUAUACAAUAAAACCUCCAGUUGAAAUGAUUUAUUACUAUCAACAGAGGUGCAUAAAGCACAUUUUAGGAAACUGCUCACCAACAUAAAGUUAAGCAACCAAUUAAAAGAUAUCAAUCUAUCCAAAGUAUUCAUUCAGCACAUUCCUGUUCCUCUAAAACUGUCUCCAAAACUGCAGCCAAGAAGAUGAUGAGCCUGGUGAGCGGUCGAGUCGAUGCAGACUCAGCAGCCUCCUCUUCCUCUUCUUCAUCCCUCAGUCUGAGAGCCAAGAAGAACAAAAGGAAACUCUACAGGCCUGAAAUCUCCUCUCCCAUGGACAUGCCCUCGCACCCUGUGAGUCCAACACAUGCAAACAACAUGACACUGUACAUGAGUUCAUUAUACAACACACACACACACAGUAAAUUCACAGCUUGUGUGGACAAGAGACAACAUGUGUUCAGUAGAGCAUGGAAAUUUGAUAUAAUGGAAGAAACCCUCAUUAUAAAAAACUACCAAAGAGGUCAUGGAAGUACCGGUCUGUGUGCACAGCUCCUUUGGCAAAUAAAUCUGCUUCACAUGUAUCAACUGAGGGGACUGAGCCGUAUUAGGUGGCCCCAGAGUACAAGUUGUCUGAUGUGACCUUUACAUUUCGUGGACUUGGCAUUGCGGCCGACAAGGCGGUCCCUCAUGUGGGUGAAAGUUGUAAGCUAAAAAGCAACAAACGCAACAAAAAAGGGAUUUCAGUGUCACAAAUGUUCUUUCUCUGUGGUUCUGCAUGUAAAGGUUUAUCUGGUUAGCUGGAUAAUGUUAAGCAAUGGUGGCAUAAAAUGUCAAUCUGUUCUCAUUUGUCAUUUACUCAGUUAACUCAUCAGUAACCUGGAGGUCACAGAAUUGAAACAUGGAUUGCACACAUUAACACAAAUAUAAAGACAGUAAAGCAAAUGUGCCUAAUGAUGGUAAAUUAUAGCUUUGGAAAAAUUCCUGUGUAAAGCAUGAAUUUACUUCAACGUUAAAGGGACAAUCCGGCAUAAAAUGAAGUUAGGGUCAAACACACCAUAACACCGAGUUAGACACCCCUUUGAGAGAUGAAUGUUGUCGACUUCUCGCUUCUUUAGUUAUACCAACUUUUGUAACGGCCGCACGAUAACAAUACACAGCGGUCUGUGUCUCCAUGCGCAAACCUCUACCAAAAAGCCACAAAUGAUGCUCAGAACAGCACCUAACUUCAUCAACAGUACAUCCUAAUUUCUUUAGCAGAGACCAAACACAACUCACCCACUCUCUUCCAGCAGCUGAUUGUUUGUGGGGGAGCCCUGAUGAGUCGAUCACAGAGUGCAGUCGGCUUGAGGUUUGCGUGUGGAGUGAUAGACCACUGUGUAUUGCUAUGGUGCAGUCAUUACUAAAGUUGGUUUUAGUAACGACAGCACCAUAAACACGAUAAACUUGAUUUUACACCGGAAAAACCCUUUAAUGAUUGGGUCAGAGACUUUCUUCAUGAGCUAAAUCACAUGGUGGAGUUGACCCUGUCGGCACCGUCUGAUGGUCUGACAUCCGUCCCAAUUUUUUGGUCGGUUUCUUCAGAAAAGAAACUAAACAGGACCCCCUUCAUAGGUUAAUGCAUGUACUGUAGCACUGUAUAUCCCUGAUUCAUUAUAUGAUCUUUAGAUUGAUUGUUAAAAUGUGACACAGCAGUGUCAGCAGUGACACAAAAAUGUAUAUCUAUGUAACAUCCUCUGUCUUCUCUUUUCAUUUAGAUCAUUUGCAGAGAGCCUGAGGAGAAAGAGAGCGACCAUCAGAUCAUUAAGAGGCGCCUCCGCUCAAGGAUAGUUAAAUAAACACCUUUCACAUAGUUCUGUUUAGAUACACUUGCCUUUAUUUUAUGUGCAACACUAUGUAGAAAUAAAUGAAGGAAAAACUUAUGAUGGCUGGAAAAUCCCCAAACAUCGACACAUAUCCCGAGUUAUCUUAUUUAAUCUGAUAUCUUAAUAUUUAACAAUUCAAGAUUAUAUAUUAAAGUUAAAGCUUAAUCACUUUUUAACAACCAGUUUUGUGGCAGUUAAAGGAGUUCAUGGAUAGCGGGGAAGCUACACUGACUUGUUCUUCUGUUUAGAAGUAGAUUAGAUGACUAAUAGCCCUCCUGUCGAACCAGGAAGUCGAUCGGAUUAAUUUACCCUAAUGACUAGAAAAGAGAUCAAAGGCUAGCCUAAUUAUGAAAAACGCUAAGUCCACAACCUCCUUAGUCCAUUUACCUUUUCUUUUGUCUUAAUUGAUGUUUCAUGUUUACAAAUGAACGACUCCAAAGUCACUACAUACUGUAUACUCACAUAACAAGCACUCUAUCUUUGUUUAGUACUCUUAAGAUAUAAAAUGCUGACUUUUUUCUUGACUUUGAUGUGCAAUCGUAUAUAUUUUUUUCUAUUUUGACUGCUGGAGUUUGGUUACCAGUUUAGUUGUAGUGUCUUUACCCUUAUAGGUAACCAUCGCCUGUUUUCUGACUGAUAAGUAACGCUGCUAUAGAGCACGAAAAUAUCUCACAUAGUUGUGACAAGCCAGAUAUACUCUUCCUACUGCACUUUCUCUUUUGAACAAAUUUAAGUAACGUUGAAUAAAACUAAAGGGUUCCUUUUGUGCCUGUCAUUUUUUUUUUUUUUUCAGCUGCUGAAAGCUUUUACUUUUAGACAGGUGGAUGUUAAGCUUUGUUGAGUUCACUUUAUGCUGUUGAAGAUGAAGGACUUCUCACUCUUGUAAAUGCAGUUCUUCAGGUAAAGCUGCCUGAGUUUAUUCCUGUGUUUUCUUCAAAAGUGCAUCACCUACUUUUCUGUGAGACAGCUGACUCUGCUGUCAGGGUUUGUCUUCUUUAUUCUUUUGUUCUACUAUUUGUAUGAAUAGUUUGAUAUCUACAAAUACAAAGGUUUUCUUCUCAAA